AUGAUGCUUUGGUGCAACUUUGGCUGCCGGUUGCUGUCUUUAGCAGCACUUCUGGUGAUAGUGAGCUGUGGAGGAGGGGAGCAGAGGAGGGGAGCAGAUAGCAGCAGCAGCAGCAGUAGUAGCAGCACAGGUGGCGGCAGCAGUAGCAGCGGAGGAGGCAGCAGUAGCAACAAUUACAGCAGCAGCAGACGCUUCCAUAAGAUCCAGCAUGGCCAGUGCACCUACACCUUCAUCCUACCUGAGGGAGAGGGAGGCAGAGGAGGCUCCUGCAGGGAGGCAAGAGGCGGAAGCCCACAGCAGCAGAACGCUAACUCCCUCCAGAGAGAUGCGCCGCCACCUGAGGAGGACCUCCCCAGCCAGAAGAUCCAGCAGCUGGAGCACAUAAUGGAGAAUUACACCCAGUGGCUGCAGAAGGUAAGGAGGAGCUCAGGUGGGUGAAUGCUGAAUGCAGUGGAAACAAAACCGAACAAUUCAAAACUCUCCUCAGUUCUGUGAUGACAAUUUGCAACAUAAAGUGUUGAAUCCCGGCCACAACAUCCCUGCAUGUGGAUCUGUGCGCUCUUGAAGUGGUUCACGCUGUCCCAUAUUUGUCGGGGUAUUUGUGUUUUCGCGAGUGUGUGGUCUCCCCCCGCCGAGUGUGUUUGUGGCUUUCGCGAGAGAUAACUUGUUUUGGUUUCUGGAUGAGGCUCUCAGAGUGUGGAAACCGCGGCAGUGUUUUGCUGUCUUCUCGCAGCCGACACGUUGUUUGUCACAAUGUUUGUCAGACGGAGAGUUUAUGUGCUUUAGGAGCUGAGAAUUUGUUUUCCUCCGGGGUGAAGCUGUGUGACUGGUUUCACAGUGGAAUAUCACAGAGAGGCAUAAACGUCUGUGACAGUUUGACUACAGAAGGAGCUCUUUCUAUUAGGAAACACAUUUUGGCUCUUCUUUAACUCACUGAAAUCAUCUGAUAAACCCCCGAUUACUGAUGCUAAUUUACUCUCAUUCUUUGCCUCUCUCACUUUGACACAUCUUUAAGAGACAGACUUAUCAACUCAAUGUAUAUUUACCCUGCUUGUGCUCUUAUGUAACUGUGUAAACAAUCUAAAUUGAACUUUAUGUCCUACAUCUUUAACAGCUGUCUCAUCUUUGCACGUUGAGUCUCCUCAUGACACGUCUAUGUCUCUGUUUUUUCCUGUGUAAACUACCAUUCCACACACAUGUCCAGUUGAGCCGCUCGGAGCGUUGGUCAUAGAGCAGAGGUAGUUACAUGUCAGUCACCCCAUGUUCUCCAGUGGGCUGUCUCUUUAAUGGCAGGAAGUCAGAGAGAGUCCCCCAGAGACCCUCAGAGGAGGAACAGACAGAAACAGAGAAUUCUGCCUUUAUUUAUCCUGAGUAAAGACGUGUGAGUAGACCUUCAAAGUCCAGACUCAAAUAUAAGUUUGAUUCCUCUGUUAAAUUAAACAAAUACUCUUUAUUGGGUUGAUAUGACAUAAAAUAACUCCUUUUUUAUUGCUGUGGAACAACCAAAUUGCAAUUUAUUUAUAGAGCCAUCUAUGUGUUUACUAUGUUCAAAUAUGGUCCCACUGUAGUGUUAAUGAUGGCUGAUAUGCUUUGGUUUGCCCUCUAAGCUUUGAGACUCUGUGUCUCCACAGAGAGCCAGACUAUCUCCCUGAAACGAACACAUGAAUUAAAUAAACAAACUUCUAAAUUGGGCUUUCCCGCUCCUCCACUUUCCACAAUAUUGAGCCUCUAAAAUAAGAUUAGCAGCCCUGAUCUGUGAGGAAUCGCUAAAGCUUUCGUUUUUUUUGUCCACAAAUGAAAUGCCUGUGCAGAUAACACCUGAUGGAUAUGAUGGAUUACAGUUAAACCAGGGGAUUAAUCAACCUGAGCUUCAUCAAUACACCCACCACUCCAUUCAUUAGCAUCUCCUCGCGAAACAGUCUGGUCUGCUUCGCCGUGUGCCUGCUUCUCAUUUCCGCUCUGAAAGUAAACGUUUCACUCCUCAGGUUGGAGGAAAUGGUCAUUUCUCAUCAAUUAAGCAGGCGUUGGUCAGAGCAAGUUACAGCGAGAUGUUGAUGGAGUUUGUAACUGGAGAAGUGUUUGGUGGAGGCCUCCAACCAGCUGCAGGUUCAGAUACUCUAUCUUAACCAAAGUGGAGUUGUGACCAGCAGUUAUGAAUUUUAAGAGGAUUCUGCAUUUUUGUAUGAUUUAUUAAUCGGUUGAUUUAACAUAUAAAAGUGUGAAAAGUUACUCACAACUUUGCAAAGCUCACAGUCCUCCAAUAAUGUUUUCUGUCCAGCCAAAAGUCUAAAAUCUGUCAUUCUUUAUCUUUUAGUUUGAAAGACAAAAAGAAGUUUCGAAAUCCUAAAUUUCUGCAACAACCAAACGUUUCUCCUUGAAAGAUCGCUUAAAUAAUUCCAAAUUUCCAAAAAAGUUGGCAAAGACCUCUUCUUUAGUCGAUUAACUGCUUCCUCUGUCUAGCACAGUCCAAAACCGGAAAAUGUUAUCUGUGGUCUAAAAAGACAAAAAACAUGUCUCCCCAAAAUGACUGGAACGGUUCAUCAAUUUUCAAACUAUUUGGUGAUUAUUUUCUGAGUCCAAAACUUGGAAAUUAUGUCUGCUGACAGAAAAAUAAAGGAAAAAUUGCAAAUUAUGACGUUUCCAGGACAACCAUGUACCUGUCUUUCAAAAAUACCUGAAACAACUCAUCAAUUAUUAGAAAUUGUCCAUAUUUAAUAUUCUUUUGAUUGCUUAAUCGAUUAAUCACAGAGCCCAACGUUUCUAACAAAGUUCCUCCGUCCUACCAAGAAUGGAGGAUCUUAUAAUUAUACAUCUUCUAAUUUAGAAUUUCUUGAGUUUCAGGAACUAUUUUAUUCGAACGCCCUAAAAACUGAUGAUUAAUUCUCUUCUGACUGUUAAAUGCAACACACAGAGAAGCCUUUCCAAAUAAAGGAAUUUUGACCUUAAAUGACUGACUUUGACAAAUUCCAGCUGUACUGUAUAUCACUGACACAUCUAUCAGAUUAAGAGAAGUUUGUGAAAUGUGUCACGGUUCAGGCCAGGUUGGACUCAGACGUCAAAUCAAAAUGUAUGUAAGUUUACAGCCUACAUUACAGAAAAGGUAAAAAACCCUGUCUCUUUUGGCGUGAGCUCAUCCAUACAUAUUUAAGAACCCGAGCCAUGCAGCUUUAUUGAUGAGCUUCUACCUUUCACAAGUCUAUAAACCCGUGAGUGUUUCUGUUCGGCCCCCAACGCGAUCCAUGUGUCAAGAAAGGCCAGGGGUGAAAUAACACCAGCUUUAUCUUCGCUCAGUGGACCUCAUCCGUCUGAGAUAGUACAAGUGAUACUAUGAAAACAGUGCGGCAGCGUUGGUGGACUGAAGGUUUGACUAAUGAGACCUCUGGAAUAACUUUCUCCUCAGGUUCAAAAAGGGAGACUCAUGGAAACAUCUGCCAUCGCCGCUGAUACUAUCAUACUUCUUUUCUGACAUGUUUUGCAGUUCCUCUUUUUAGAGAGAAUCCAAAAAUAUGACAACACAACUAUUUUUAAGUCUAGGUCAAUGGAUGAUGUUUUAAAAAGGCUUUUAGAUGAAAAUAAGUCAUACUCAAUGUGUGCCAUUGAAUUAUAGACGACAAAAAAUCAAAUAUGAGAUCAACACGAGGAAGGAAUUGGUGUGGUCAUUGUAGAUGGGAUACUUAAACACACAGUGGUAAUUCAGUGUAAUUACGCAACAUGGGGGGGAACAUCAGGAUGCAGUUAACAUUUUUCAUUGGACAGAAGAUUAAAUGUUCUAGCCAGUCUAUCUAUCUUAAUCACACCAGCGUUUUUUUACUGCUUGUCCAAGCAAGAGCGCCCGUUCUGAUGAAAGAGACGUUCUGAGCAGACUGAGACAGAUAGCGGCCCUGUGGCUCGGUGCUCAGUCUGCCGUGGGGGGUGGACUGAAAGAGUGAUGCAGCAAACAGCUGUUGGGGAAGCAUUUAAAGUCAGAUCUUUCCUUCCUUGACCGAGGGUAGAGUAUAUGGACCCUGAUAACAUUCCUGACCAGUCAAAGGUGGCGUGUGUUUGUCCAAGGAUUACUACCCUGGCCUGCCUGCGAGGCGCGGAGCCUUGGACAAGCUUGGCUCUGACCUUAGAGUGAAAACACAGCCGGAAACAAGCUGCUCUGUGCAUCAAAUAAUAUUUUGAUUAAACUUUUUGAUGUCUAGCACCUUUACUAACAGAAUUUAUGGGGUAAAGAAGGGGACUAGGCUGGGAACAAGAAAACAAGUGGCAGAAAACAUCAAUAAUGUGGGAUUUUUGAGAGUGUACCUCAUUUCUCAAAUGUUUGUUUUGAAUGCAGAGAGCAUUAGCUUUGUACAGGAAAAUGGUCAAAGUGGAAAUGCAACCCCAAUACCCACUGGCUAUCAUCUACUGACAUUUUAGCCCUCUUCAAUGUCUUUGUACAUGCCAGAGCAGCAAACAAUUUGCUCUGGGGUUUCACUGUUUUUCCAAAGUUUGGCCACACUGGGGGCCCUCAAAAAGUUGCCCAUUACUCCCAGAUACUUGACCAUAACUGACUGACAGCCAAUGGGUGUCAUAGUUGGAGUCCCAGCCAAAAUAUAAAUCAUGUAUGAAUCUAAUCAACGUUGACGGUCUUUAUUUGCGAAAGAGCCUUGUCGACAAAUGACAGGUGACACUAUGACUAAUGCAAACAAUCCGACCAAUCAUAAUACAGAAAGUAAUGCAACACAAUACACGCGUUGGCAAAAGCAGCAGUUCAAAAAGCAACUACUGCUCUAUUUAACAUGUCUCAAAAUGUACACUAAGGUCAGAUACAUCAUGCAGUCUUAGUUCCAAUGACCCUUUCUUGCACAAUAUCCCAUAUAAUUAAGUUAGAAUAAUUGCAUCUUUCCCCUGGUCUAAAGGGACCUGAAUGCGGAUUGAUCCCAAGUUUGGAGUCUCUCAUCUUAGUUCAUAUUUGGUCAUUUAAAUGUUCAGGGAAAUUAAUUAAUAAUAUAGUUCUUUUGUGUCCAUUCAUGUUAGUGUUGGCACCAAAAAUGCAUGUUGGGAAGUAUUAAUUUUUCUUACAAUAACACUUCUUCAAAUAUAGGAGAGAUGCCAAAGUUUCAGUUUUUCAGCGGCUUUUCAAUAUGCAAUUAAAAUGAAGUUUAAUCACUCUCUCUCAUCCCCAAAGUUGUAUUAAAUUUCUAUCUAACCUCCAGUAUCGAAACAUGAAUCCAGUCAGAGGCGCAAAAAUUAAAGUUUAUUUUGGCUAGCUCCAAAAGCCGAGUCAUCCCCAUUGACACCCAUAUUAGCACUGCAAAAAUAAGCAUAUCUAUAAUAGCAGUUCUGAUCUUUUGUAGAAGCCUUAAUGAUCAGGACUUAAUAGUCUUAGGUACCCCAACAGUUUCCCCCAUGCUUGGUCAGUAUUAACGAAGAAACUAGACAUUGCUUUUAAUACCAGUUCUACUCUUUUGCUUUGCUUUUCCUAACCUUGGGAAAUGAGGAUAAGUCAUUUGUGAGAAAUUUUAUAUGAAUGGGCGGCUUAGUGAAGAUGAAGAAAUGGUAGCGUCGAGAAGAGCGUAGAUAAAGUUCUCAUUGCUCAGACCAGUCUGAGAAUAUUCGUUCUCCUGUAAUUUUUCAAGAGAAAUAAAAAUUUGGCGUAGGAAGAGUUCAAGCCGGCCAAAUUAUGUUUCUACUCUUGGGAGUGAAAGUAAUAAUUCGUCUCAUUUCCCUCCUGGUGGAGACAGUAGAAAGUGGUGGAGAGCAGCGUUUCUUGGGAAGGAUGGCGCUUGCCAAACCAAAGGGAGGAGGAAAAACUAUCUGCGUUGUCUUAUCCCUGUGAAAUUCUCAUUAUUCUGCCCCUCUAUGAACAUGACUGUGGAGCAUAAACAGUGGUUUAAAAAGGAUACACCAACAUGUGGGCAACAGCUUGUUUCCUUUACAUGCUGGGAGUUCAUACCAGAAUGGGCGAAUAUGUUUCUCUACUUAGCGCUAUCAGAGGGCCACACAGCAUGCAUGCAGAUCCAAGAAGAAACCUAUCUAUUUUAGGGGUGACUGCCUCGAUGAGAGUUUAUUUUCGCUGAUAAAGUGGGCCAAAACUAACAAUCAGACGAUGCAGAAAGGCUAAGAAAUGCCCAGAGGGAUAAAAAGCGCUUCCUUCCUGACCCCAAAACUUGUAAAAAGGAAACCGUGGAAAUUGCUUAAGGACACUACAAUAACAGCUUCCAGAAGAGUUGUCUUGGUAGCACUUUCACUAUGACUGAAGUGGAAAGGAAACAGAGCUUUCUACUUAGCAUGUCAUGGGAAUAAAGGAAAACAUUAUGGCCGUGCCACAAUAUUUCCACAUGGAUGUGAAAAAAAAGGAUUCCUGCGAUGUUAAUGUUUCUGAUUGUCAGGAAAUGGGGCAUUUAGUAGUUUUGUCACACUCAAUAUGGACAGGCUCUUUGUUUGGAGACCGCCCUUUUUCCAGAAGUCGUAUUUCAACGCAACUACUGGCCCCAAUUGUGCUUGAAGUUUUGACAGUAGCCAGACUGAUAUUGUACACCUUUGUACCUUUAAAGCUCAAUAAAUUUAGAUGUAUUUCUUGGUUAUUUCACUGUGUGUCUUGAGUCUGUCUGGUUGACCUUGCUGUAGCUGUAAUGAAAAUAUAUGCUUCUUUUUCCAUCACUCUUUUUGGUGAAUCACUCUCUGGUGGGAACCCCAUACUGGAUUUAUUUUGUUUUAAUUACAAGUUGAUUCACUUGGCUAAAUGGAUGCAGAAUUUAUGGUAUUCCUUUUGAAAACAUUGUAGUCAGUUUGUAGCUUGGCACCCGCUGAUGCAUGUGUGGAAGAAAUGGAGGGCUUCCCAUGAUAGGUUUGUGUUUCCAUGUGCCCUUGAGUAUAUUCAAUCCCGUAAUGGUGCUAAUUUUUCUUCAUUUGGUAGACAUGGGGAUUAUAAAUGAUGGUGCUCUGCAACAUGUCACUCAGACAGGAGGGUCAUCCGUUAAAACAUAGUAAAGUUUUUGAGGCAAGACAAACAAAACCGGCCAUUUUUUAUUCGCUAAUGACUGGUAGCAGCGGUGGCAUUUCAUUUACAGUCUUGUCUCUGACUUCCUUUGAGUCUUUCAGCUCUGUAUUUGGUUUCUACCGCCAUGUAUGUGUCUAUAGCUGGCCGCUAACUCUUUAUGCAAGUUUUUGGUGCAGAUUAGGAGCCUAUUGAAAAAGAAAAAAACACAGAUGAAGAUGUUGCCAAACCAAAACAUUCAGGAUGCUUUAACACCUGUUGCUUGUUUGCUUUGUUCUGAAUCAGGUGAUUAAUAGGAAUGAUUGUGAUUGUGAAUAAUUGCUGCAUUUAUCACUUUGGUCUUCCUGUCUUCACCCCACAAUACCGUUAAAAAGGGCCAAAGCACACACCAUGGCAGGGUUUUCAUUACGUCACAACUUCCUUCUUUCACUGCGUAAGUCAACAAUUUGCCAUGUGUACUGGAUGCUGUUUCUGUUGUGGGAAGCUAGUUCCAAGACGUUGACUAUCAUAAGCCAGUUAAUGAGUCGUGGGUCUGUUUGGAGCUGCAGGGAGGUUGGAUGCCUCACUGAUAUUUGAUCAGACAAGAACAUCUGUGAAAUGUUGAAAAGCAAUCAGUAAAAAGAAGAAAGCAAAAGAAGUUUAAAUAACAGCAAGUCAGCACAUAAUCAAGAGGGCUUUUAUCACUCUGCAGAACUCUGUCUCAGCCUGGAUUUCACAAAAGGAUGAGGGAUCGCUCUGUCCUUGGCUCAACCUGUCCAAAACCAAAAACCAUCCCUCCAUACAACCACUGACCGGUAUCCAGCUUGGAUCAGACAAACUCAUGCCCACUAAGUCUCCCUGAAUUUGGGUAAAUUGAUAACCAGCUAAUUUUUAAGACGAAAUCACUCAGUCAUGCCAUUGCACCUUCGAUAACAUCAGGAGAAACAGGCUCUUUGACAACUGCAACUCCUUACUGGCAGGCCUCCAUGCAUGCACUGUCAGCCUCUGCAGAUGAUUCACUACACAACAGCCUGUCUGGUCUUCAACCAGCCCAAAACAGCACAUGUUACUCAGCUUUUCACUUCCCUUCUCUGGCUGAUGAAACUUUACCAUUGUUACUUCGUCUCAGCAAUCUUAGUUUGCUAGUUUUUUUCCCUCUAAAUUGCUGUGUUGACACUAUUUCACCCCGCCAUAUGACCAGUUUUGUAACCUACCCUACAACCCCAAACAGUUCAGGUGUGAAAGCACCCUAAAGUGAUCAUCUCCAACCCAAAGCAAACAGCUGAAAGAUGUUAAAAAUACUCAGAAGAACAAAAGGUUUCUACAGAUGAACCUUAUGACUAUGUUGGUACAUCAUCACAGGUUUUUUUGUUACUCAAAUGGGCUUAUUUUGACCGUUCUUCUAUAAAAAUAUUAGUUAAAGAAGCUUUGAUACAUGUAACUGUUUUCAGCUGUUCUCCAGCUCGGAUACUAGCGUGGUUUCAAAUAUGUUAUUCUACCUUGGAUUUAAAAAUGCCCCAUUUAAAAUGGCUGAAACAAGAGCUUAAGCUGUUUAAAGGAGAAACGUAAAUAUUACUCUGGGCAGGCAAGUAGAAGUCAUUAGUAGUGAGAGUGUAAGUUAUGGUCAGAAGAGUUGCCAAAAGCCCAAGGUUCAUGGUUGUAUCUCAGCCACUGUUAAGGCUGAGUGAUUAUCAGCUUAAUAUGAGAUAGUAAUGGCACACAUGCAGCCAAACAUUGGACAUUAUGGUCAAUCUGAGCACACGUUCAGUGGGAAAGUCAUAUGUUGUUAUCGCAGUCUGCAGCCAAUCACAACUCUGUUUGAACAGUUGCAGAAUCAGCUCUUAUCGGAGUUGUAUUUUUGUUUUAUAAUGAGUUUUGAUAAACCGAACAGAUGAUAAUAUUACUCACUCGUAUCUACUGCCAUUUAUUUUCCUGCAGAUUUUAGGUUCAUGCAGGCUGUGCGCUGUAAAUCAAGAUUUGAUGGAGGUCAAGGGAACUUAAUCGGCCUUAAAAAACAAUUCUUUGUUCUACAAUUUGGACCGCAGGACGCCGACGCUGUAAGACUUUACAUUAAUGUGUCAGUGAAUUUUUACAACUGCUUUAUUUCCAUGUAAAGAUAACAUUGACAAAACAUGCAUGUCCUGUGGUGCUGAUUCUGGCAGAGAGCAGUGGAGUAAAAAAUCGGGAUACAAGGCAAGUUUUAAUGCUCUUGCUACAUGCCUCAUUUUAUGUCCUCCUAAAUUCAAAGUUGAGUUGUUUGAUCCCUUCCUAUCUGACAGCUUUAAAUCCCAAAGUUAAUUCUGUAAUGUGUAAGAAAUGGGGAGAUAAUUCCCGAAGCUUCCCCACACGCCGCCUCUGAGCCGGGGCUCUCCCCGCAGUGUCUCUUCGAUUCUCCCCUACAGAUGUUGUUCUUUGAGAGGAUGUCUUUGUCUGUCAACGCCGGGGGAGCUUUCCAGUGAUUCAGGAGGACAGAGCCGCUUCACCUUUGCUGGAGUUCAGCCCUGCAGAUCGAGUGUUGCUAUAGUUUUUGAUCGGGGAAACAAAAAGAAUCACAAAGGGAUUGUUGAAAGAUAUGCUGAGAUUCAAAAUGAAAGGCCUGCAGAAUCGGUUAGUUGUGGAGGAUGGAAAGAAAGCAAAGGUAAAAGGAGAGAAAGAAGAUGGUAAAGGCCUGGUGGGAGAUACUGGAUGGAAAAUAAACAGUUUCUCUCCCUGGUUGCGUAGGCCAAAUGGAUCUUUAUAUGACUAAUGGUUGGCUCCAUUGUUUUUGUUUUGUUCUCGCAGGAUGGAAGCCACUUGUUCUUAAAGCCCCCGCGCCACAUCCAGGAAUUACCUCACUUAUUUAUCUGAUCUCUUUCUCAUCCUUUCGUGUGGGGGUGAAUCCGUUGGAAAGUAUUAACUUUCAAUUUAAACCCACAUAUCUUGCUAGUAGGCAGCCUGAUUACAUCCUGCCUCUGUUUUCCGUGGGUGGUUUUGGGAUAAUUCAUCGUUUGAAGCUUCUGCUUAUCCCCUAAGAGCUGUGAUCACAGACACACAUGCUUCAAUUCACACAUUAUUAAGAUGAAAAAUAGACACCCAUGCAUGUACAUAUAGUACACCAACAAAUCUGCAUCAAUGUUUUCAAAACAGACUCCUAAUCCUGUCCAGAGCAGUGUUUGCCUGGUCUGGGAUCAGAGCCAGGCUGCUCACAUUCUUCAUAAUACCAGGGCUGGACUUGGCGCAAGGACUACGAAUCUGAGGGGGAGACACAGUGAGGUGGUAAAAAAGUUAAACACUAUUAAAACAUAGUACAGUAAAGGUCUGACAUCCCUGUCAAUUCAUUCACGUUGUUGACCUUUCACCACUUUUACUUGCUUUGGUGAGAACCAUGAGAUCUGUCACACAGGGUAGAAAAGACUUAAAAAGUCUUAAAACUUAUAAAACCUCGAGAGAUGAAUGUUGCUGACCGCUUGCUUCUCUAGUUAAACCAACUUAAGUAAGGACCGCAGAUAGCAAUACAGAGAGCCACUCACUCAACCAAAAUGCAAAUGCAAAUAAUGCUCAGAACAGCACCUAACUUCAUUAAAAGUACAUAUAGGGUCCUAGCCACAGCACUAGCCAAACAUGUUUUUAGCUUUGCCUGAUUUCUUUGGCAAAGAGACUAAACACAACUCACCUACUUUCUUCCAGCAGCCACUUGUUUGUAGGGAGACCUCAGACGAGUCCAUCACUGACUGCAGCGGGGUGAAGCAGCUCAGGGAAGAACUUUUAUGGACGUUAUGAACUUAUUUUUACGCCGGAAUAUCCCUUUAGGCCCUUAACAUGUCAAAAAUGCUUUUAAAAUCUCAUAAAAUGUCUUAGAUACGAUUCUGAAAGAUCUUUUAGAUAGGUGUUUUAACAUAACUUUUCAAAUACCAGAAAAGUUUUUAAAGAUGUCAGAGCCCAGGAUAAAAAUCUGACCCAGGGAGUUUAAAUGUUUUUAUGAAUAGAUGCACAAAAAGGCAAUAAUCAAUAUCUAUCCUAUCCUGUGUAGCAUGUACGCAUUCCCUUGCUGUAUUUGUAAUUUUUGUCAACCAAAGCUGAAAGUUCCUUACUGUAGCUUUAAAAGCUCCACUGCCUUCCCCGGCUUGUUGUUAACUUUGUCUGUCAUUACUGGGCAGUAAAGGUGGAAAUUUAACCGCAUUUGACACUGUCACCUGUGUCCCAUUAUGCCACAACUUGGAUUUUGCAACACGGCCAUCACGAGUAUGUGUUUUGUCUUCGCAGACACACUCUUUGUUUUAUUGCGCACACAUCAGAGAAUAGCUUUCCUCAACACAGAUGUCGCCACAAAGGCAGGCGGGAGAAAGUAGUGUAACAGAGGGAUUUGUAACUCCAGUCUGUUCCCUGUCUUCUUCUUACAGCUUAGACACUUGAAAGCAGAGCUAAACAAAGGGCGCCGUCUCCUCCUGCUAGUGUCAGUGCGAACAAUGAAAGUGAACUGAGGCACAGCAAUCCGGUUUGCUUUUGCCCUUUUCUCUCCAAGUUAAAUAUCUGCAAGUGACAGAAUUCCUGGCAUUUGUGUCUCUAUUAUGGGUCCACCUGCCUGACAGCGUGUUUCCACUGAUCACCAAGUUGUCUGGAGUCUGAAAUGAUUUAAAGGAGUUUCUGGAAAUCCCUGCCAAUGCUCCUGAAAUUUAUUCAUUCAAUGAAAAACACAUUUGGUCUCUGUCAAAGUCUCCAGUUGUUAUGUUUUAUGUUAUGGUGUUAGUCUAAGAAAGGUAGACAGUCACAGUAGUUUUUAUUAGGGCCCGACCGAUAUGGAUUUUUUGGGGCUAAUGCCAAUACCGAUUAUUAGCGGGGGAAUAUAAUCCGAUUACCGAUUAAUGGGACGAUUUUUUAAAUUUUUAUGAAGUUAUAAAAAAAAUACAUAGAUAUCAACAGUAUACUAUAUACUGUAGAUAUACUGUAGGCUACUGCUCUUCACACCGACAGACUGACUGAUCAAACUCGGACCAGAAAAGCGUUUUCAACUAACCCCCCCCCCCCCCGACAAUCGUUGCCUCCGCGUCUUAACUCAUGUUACUCAUUUCCAGUCCGGUCUCAUCUGGAGACAUGCAGCUGCCUCAGUAAGAGAAGUAGCUCCAUCACGUGACGUGUACUGUUGUUUAUUCUACCGUUACUGGCACGGCUAACAGUGUAGCAGGGCUAAUAGCUGGUGGCUAACUCUGACUAGAUAAGUUGGGGAACUUUUCAAAUGGCAAAGUGAAGUGAAACUGAAUCUUAUUCUCCGCAUUUUAUUUCUGAAAAUAUCGGCGAAAAUCGUCGGGUUUUGGCCGAUAACCAAUGAGUCUCAAACGGGCUAAAAUUGGCUGAUUUAAUCAACUCACCGAUAAAUCGGUCAGGCCCUAAUUAUUAUUGAUGGAUUAAUUAAGCUGAAAAAACCCCAAUCACUGGAACGAUAAAUAUACAGAACACCCCUUUAAGUUGGGUUUAGUUCCCUGGAUUUAGCUUCCAAUUUCUGCUCUAUGUUACUGAACUUUAAUUGUGUUAUUUGAUCAUCGAGCUCUAAAGAAAACUCUUCUCAUAGGUUAUGGUUGGUUCUCUGCUGGAGCACAUGGUGCACUAUAAAUGACAGAGCCAGUUACACAUGACUGGUGCAGGCUGUGUUAGACUGGUGAUUAUGAGACAGUAGUUCAGGCAGUUGACCUUCAAUAUUUAAUAAAACAUGCCUCCAGGAAAAGAAAUACAAGCCGUUUCAAUGACUGGAGUAGUUUCACCAUUGAAGGAGUAAUCUGUGUGGCCUUGGCUACCGCGGGCCAACAAGGAGGGAUAUCCUCCAAGAAGUUAUGGAGGCAAUUCCCAAAUCAGACAGGAACAUUUUUAUGUUGGUUGACUCCUCACUACUAUAGGUGCAAACACUGGCUUCUGGGUGUGUUUGUAUUGGACACUACUUUUCAAGAGCUUCGCCUUUUUCGUCAAUCCUUCGCCAAAACAUUAAAUAUUCGUGUCACAGCCUCAGGCAGGCUUGGCCUAAAAUGUGCUUCUGUACCGUGACCUGACAGGACCUCACUCAUAAAUCUGUCAUUGUCAAACAGACGCAUGUACUUCUUGGUCUGGGUUUACAACCAAAGUAGAAAUGGUUCUCGGUGUUUAUUUAAAAUGACGUGUCUGCAGCGGUUGAGACCAGUCCUCGAUGAAUGUGCAUGGUUUUUCUACAUGAGCGUGGCUGUGCAGAGAUGUAUCUUAGUCACAAUAAUGUCUAUUUCUGCAUAUUUGUCUGUGCAUCACAUUGUUUGACAUCCACAUGAGUCUGUGUUUGGACGAAGAGACCUUGGACUUAACCGAUGGCCUGCGAAGUAUCAGAUGUGUUUCUUUUCUGGGUGCAAAUAGUCAAGAGAUGAGGCUCAGACAGGAAAAAGGUUGUCACAUUAUCAUAGUGGCUUUCAAACAGCUCUUUGACGGAGUUCUGCAGAGAUGACUUAUUACUGUAGGCUAAAUUAGCAUAACUCGAAUCCCGCUUUGGUGGUGCAGAGCGUCCAGAAAAUGAUAAGAUAUCACUGACAGUUAAGUCAACCCAGACACUUCUCUGAGCAGACUUCUCCUCUUCAGCAAUAAAUCCAGAAGAAGAGCUGUACUUUUGCUCAUGGUGUCAUGACAUACCUGCAAGCUGAGGCCAUCACAGGAGAAAUUAUCUUUAUAAGGUCCAUGCAGAAGCAGCUCUGGAGCUUUUGACCGAACACAUGACCUCAACUACUUUGCUGAGUUGUCGUAGAAGUGCAAAUGUUCACAUUUCCAUCAUACACUUAGGACACCAUGAGGACUUUGUGUUCAUGUUGGCUCCUCAGCUGAAUUUUAAAGCUCGUUCUUAUUCUUGGAAGCAGGCAUUGACCAAUAAAAAGACUUCACCCCACGGUCCAUUUUAUACUACUACUAAUAGCUUUGGAGCCAACAUAGCAGACGUAAGAGUAAAGGCGAUCACUUUCUUGUAACACAACAGUCUUUUUCCCUACAUGCCAACCACAGACACACAGGACUUCAGCGUGACAGUGAAAGACAGUUUGGAUCUGGUGGAGACGACUUUGAUCUGAAGUAUGACUGUUGUCGCGGUGGAAAUUCCUGUUCAAUGUGAAAAUCUGUUUUGCUUUCUUGUCUGAACAUAAUAAUACCAGUUUAGCCGAACUGGCUUUGAUUAUUUGAUCCAUCCCUUGACUUUGACGGUGUUUAUACACAGAUCUGUCGCACUUCAGCCUCAGUGAUGCAAAAAUAAACAGAAACCUGGGUACAUGAAAGGCCAGAGAUAGUACGUACAGUGCGGUUUGUGUGCUCAAUGUUUGUGUGAAUGACUCCCUUCCCUCCUUGUGUUUUAUUUACAUUGGUGGCUAAAGUACACUUAUUUUUUCCUUGAGUAAAAGUGAAAAUAUUCUGGAGAAAAAGACACAAUCAAAGGAAAUGAUCCAACAUAUAAUCCUUCAAUUAAAGAUGAUUUAGAGUGACAAAUUAAGUUGCAACUAACCAAAUUCCAAAAAUAUGAAUACACUCUGAGUGUGACUAACAUUGGCAGAGCUAGCACCACCUGAUUUCAGCCUUCCUUGCAGGUUUUUGUCCACAUGUGCUGGUUUAACUAUAAAUCUACAGUGACUACAAUGAUAGGGGAGUUCAGCUAGGAUGAUCUUACGUCCUUUUUUACCCAGACAUGUCCUCUUUUUGUGGGACUGUCUGACCUGUGCAGCUUUGUCCGCGGAAGUUUAAAAAAUCCUCCAAAUGUCUGGAGUUUUGUAUGGAGGUUUAAAGUUUGUGUUGCGUGGACUUACUGAGUUAGAAGCACGUAAAAAACACUAUCCAACCCAAAAGACUCUCAAAAUUUACUCCAUUCAGAAGCUUUAGCCUGGCUUGCUUCUUCUAUUCCAACUUUUCUUGCUAUAAGUAAGCCUAGCUGGUCUUGGACAUCACAUUAGAGAUCCUAAUACAGUCUAUUAUGGGAGUCCCUCUGCUCCAUCAUGCCGUAGGUUCCUCUGGAUUGUUUUUCCCUGUACUAUUACUCGCUAAAUGCUGCAAAGUUCUCCACUCGUGCUUGAAGAUUGGAUAGGUGUGGGUCUGAUCCUACAAAUGGGGAUCAGUCUUAUCCUAUCUUUAGACCAGCUUUUUGUGAAGCACCUUGGGAUGACAUUUGAUGUGAAUUGGAUUUACAUGCUCCAAAAACUGGAUGUACCAAUGGAUCUCGAGUAAGCGUCUCAGUGCAAGAAAUAUGAAACAACCCUCCAGAAAUGAAUGCCAGUUAAAUUGCAUUGCGUGUUGCACAAAAUUAGUGUUGCACAGCUCACAAAUUCUGCAAUCGUCUUGGAAAAGCCCUUAUUAUGGUUCACCAGAUCAUUAAAGUAAAUAUGCAUGCACAUUAAAAGCAAUAGAUUCAAUUGUUUCAGCACAAAAGUCACAUCAUUAUAGAUGCACAUAAUUACAAAAGCCAUUUUUUCCCUUUUGCUUUCUACGGCUUAAACUUCGAUUUCUCCAUAUUGAGAUGUCAUAUGAGCACCCGGUCUUUCUGCUCAUCUUUGUUGUUUGGUGUCCGUUAGGCGUCCCUCAGGGAGAUUUAGGCACACAUACAUUUGCACACGUACUGUAAAAAACUGCUUUAAUAUAUCAGCUCACUUAAAAGCACCUCACACAGCCAACCGAUUUGAUUUAUAGCUCAGUUCAUGUUCGCCACUCUUAAAAGCAACAGUGGGAGAGGAGAAAAAGUAACAUAAUCCGUGCCCGAUGUGAUAGCGUCAGUCUGUCUUUGGUGAUAGAAGCGAAGCAAAGCUGAGAUUGUAGGGGAAAAAAGGGGGGAAAGGAAAAACACAAGGAGAUAGAGAGAUACGAAGAGCGGCAAGUGAGAACAAACUUAAAGCCGUGUGGUGAUAGUAACCCAGGACGACUACAGAGAUGGUUUAUAAACUCUGGAGCCCUCGCUUAAUGGGAUGUUAGGCUGGAAGAUAAACACCGAUGUGACGUUGAAGGAAACAGCCUCUGUCAUUAAAGACCCAUUCAUUUUGAUUAGAAGAGACACCCAGCUUGAGAGAUAGCGAUGCUGGCACACGAACUGCAACACUGGAAUGUUUUUUCCCUUCCUAUAGAUUUAACAUACUACAGUCAUGGCUGAGCCUGAAACAACAAAUGUCCUGUUGCAUCUAUUUCUGCUGCUCUCUGGCAAAGGAAUCCCUCGCUGUGGUGUUUGGAGGGCACACUGGACUGCUAUCUCAAAUAUUUGGAUGUAAACACCUCCUCUGUGAGUUUGUGGGAUCCCUUUGUACUUCAAAAGAAGGGGCAAACUUACACUGCCACUAGCAUUGCUGCAAAAUAGCCAUCAACAGGGACAGUCCUGCCUCAUGUUGAAUGUCCUUACAACUCCAGACUGCCCCUCAGCUGGUACUCACUAUUUGAGACCCCUUAGCAGGUCCUUGUUUGUUUGGUUGUUUGGUUUCCGUCACGGGUUCCCAUGUCAUGGAUGAAUGCAAGCACUUCCUCUCCCAUACGGUCAGAUACGCAUAAUUAAUUGGUAAUUUUCAGGCUCGUUUUGAUAUUAGAAAGCCGGUUUGUAAUUGGAGGAUUUUUGGAAAUCCACAUUUACAUCUAAAUUGUAAUCUCCCAUGUUUAUUUUCAUUUUACAUGGAAGGAAACUGCUGGAAAUUGUGAUUGUUGUGUUUACUUCUGGUAUUUGUCAGACAUGAAAGAAACUUGGUGGGUCUGGGACGGGUUCAAAUGGGUUCUUGAAUACGUAACCAGUGGGGUCCAUUAUGGUGAAUAUUAAGAGCUCCAUGAUUAAUUCAAACAAAAGUGGUUUCAGCUUUUGUCAACCUUGCAGAAAUGUCUGAAACUGUAAAAAUACAGCUGACCCUCUUCAUCGAAGCUCUAACAUUUCAAUAGUUGUUCCACUCAAAGAAAACUUUCAAGUUUGUCUCGGGGAAAAAACAUAAAUGUACUGAAACUAACGUUAGCUAUGGUACUAUAUGACAAAAACACACAAGUGUAUGUCAAAGUUUUAAGAGACAGCACAAACAGAGCUUGCUUUUACACAUAUUAUUAGAUUUGUAAAAUUAGCGUGUUUGUGGCUGCCAAAGGGGAAAGCUUUAGCAAAGGAUUUGUAGCGCAGUCACUCUAGCUGAUGCUACAUAAGAGACAUGAAUGCCACUCUUUGUAUAUGUUUAAUAACUUUGACUUUUUUUUCUUCCUUCAUGUGUUUUUCUGUGGAGAUGAAACCUCCACAUGCAGUCAGUCACGUAAAGUUACAUGUGAUACGACUUGGAUACGGUCCUGUCUAGACCUACUCUGAAAAUUAAUUUCCGGAAUGAAUUUUGAUCGUAAAAACAAGCAAGUACCCGCACCACCAUACCAGUAUCUCUAAAAGAAAAGCAAACGUUUCUGUUGGAUCUGCUCUCGGCAGCUCCGCAGAGGUCUAUCACCCUCUUGUGAUGCAAAGAAAGUUCAGUAUUUUAAUAACAAACAUCACUUUCAAACCUCUUCUGACAUUACAGAUGAAUUCCUUUUAAUCUCACAUGGCGCAAACAUACAGAAAACUUUCUCUGAUUCAUCUUUCUGCUUGUUGUUAAUCACUGGCGGUAUUUCCUGUAGACAUAACACUGUCAAACUCUUGAUUUAGAAGUUCUCUGAAGUUAGAGCUAAAAUCGUCGGAUUGAAUGUUAUGAAAUGUUAUCACUUCUCCCCCCUUUUCAAUUCUCAGGGUUGAUUAUUUGACCUCAUCUUAGGAAUAACACACUUAAAACCUCCGAUUUGACUUAACUUUAGCCGCAUUUCUGUCAAUUUGUGUUUCAAAAUCCUGAUUUAGCACUGCAUUCUUCAAGAUCUACUCACACUUCUUCGGAACCGAGGCUUGUUAUUCCACUGUGGUCAACUAUUGUUGUUCUCUGUGUCGAUUGGCUGCUAACAAAGCUCAUUAGUCAUGUGAACAUUUAACACGUCAGUGUUUUAUCAUCUUGCUUUCCAAUAUGUUUCACAAUUUGUGGUUAUUUCAAUACUUAACACUUCAUAUAAAUUCCAAGUCUGCACCUCCACAUGCAUUUAAGCAGGUUAGAAGACGUGAAUCCACCAACAGACCAACCUUAAUCUCAACUAUUGGUCAGUUAUUCUCAUCCUGUCUCUCUUGUUGAUGAUCUAGUGUGGGAAAAAAACUUUUCAAGUCUGGGAAAAAGUUGGUCUCAGAGCCAAUUUUGGACAAUUUUGGACAUCUCCAAGUUCGCCCAAUGAUUUGCCCAGUGAUUUAUUCAGAAGAACAUUUGGUUUGUUUCAAGUUGCAUACAGAUGUCUCAUUAUGUCCUUGGAAAUGCACCAUCCAAGGCUGUAGACCUAAAUAUAUCAGCGUCUGGACAGAGAAAAGAUUAAGAAAACAAGAAAGAACAAAGGAGAGCAAAAGAGGAGCAUUAGAGUGAUGUGUCCUGGCAGUAGCUUUUUAACUACUCAAAAUAAUUUCUAUUUGUUAAAAUAAGCUUUUUAUUAGUCCAAGCACAUUCAGUUUUCCACAUGUCUCAUCUGCUUUAGUAUUACCAUUUUUUUCUCUGAUAUUCCUUCUGAAUUUUUUUCGUAUUUCAAGUGUCUGAUUCAGUUUGUCAAAGUAAUGAAACGUCAUAAUCCUUGUCAAGGCACCUCAAGUCUUUUUACGGACUUCUACUUAAGCUGCAUAUAUCUUUUAUCAGUUCCUCGUCUGUGCUUUUAUAUUUAAUUAACUUUAAGCGCAUCUUUGCAAAUGUUGUAGUCCUGUAACCAAGUGGCAACCUCCAGUCAUAAAGGGAUAUUCCGGCGUAAAUUAAGUUAGAGUCAAACACACCGUAACACCGAGUUAGACUCCCUGUCGAGAGAUGAAUGUUGCCGACUGUUUGCAUCACUAGUUAUACCAACUUUAGUAACGACCACAGAUAGCAAUACCGAGAGCCACACACUCAACCAAAACGCCACUCUAUAGCCGCAAAUAAUGCUCAGAACAGCACCCAACUUCAUCAACAGUACAUAUAGGGUCCCAAUCAUAGUACUAGCCAUCAAACAUCUUUUUAGCUUAGCCUGAUUUCUUGUUUCACACAACUCACCCUCUCUCUAUCAGCAGCCGCUUGUUUGUAGGGAGACCUCCGGGCGAGGGGGUGACACAGCUCAAGGAAGAACAUUUAUGAUCAUUUCUUCAUGGAAAUGCAAUCAGACCGAAAUGCUAAGGCAGAAGAACUACCGCGUCUGCAGUGCAAAAUGAUUAAUAUGAUGAUAAUUACUUCAAGAAAAGGUUAAAGAAAUGCUCAUAAAUGUUCUUCCUUGAGCUGCGUCACCCCGCUGCUGUCGAUGGACUUGCCCAGAGGUCUCUGUAUAUUAUAUCAAAGUGCUUAAAACUGCAGUACCUUGAGUGCCCACUUGAGGCCCCACUAAAAAAGCCAAUCUUUGGGCCAAAAAAAAGAAAAAAAAAUGUAUAAAGCCUGGUUCAAAAAUCUAUUUCAGUCCGAUUGGCUAAGGGCUCUCAUGGCACACACUGUACGGGGAUAAUGUACGGCUUCAUAGCUCCACCUGACAAACAAAAUAAGUGACAUCACUGAUGCUAAGUUCAUUUAUUAUGCGGUCGUCACUUUUAAGGUGUAGCUGGAUAAAGUUUGGGUUUGACCACAAAGCUACAAAAGGAGAGACCCUUGUCCGUUAGCUUGAACUAUGACGGAAAUCCCAGUUUAUAUACAGGGGAUUAGUGGACGUGUCAGUUAGCUUUUUACAAAACCCGGAACCCCCCUGAGUUUGAGUUUAUCCAUUUUAUUCUGUAAUUUAGUAAGUUAUUGUUGGAGGAACACUUUGACUUGGUAAAACGAUUGUUGUGUGUAGUGAGUUCAGGGUAGACAACUUCAAAAAAAGCAGCUUAUGUUUGCCCAGAUGACCACACUGAUUGAUCUCCUUUCUCCUUUUACUCUGGACUGACUCGGUACAGCUGAUUGACGGCUGUAAAAUUGCUCUUCAGGGGAAUUGAUAUGUGGAAACCUCGUUCGAUUGUCGAGUUGAGCCGAAUGUUUUGUCUUCUUUUCGUUUUUAAUGUUUUCAUCCGUCUGUUGGCCACUUCCUCUCUGUUUUGACAUUUCAAGAAAGGGAAAAAAUGUGGCAGCGUUUGAGUUAACGCCUGGAUGUUGGCCACUGGGGUUAAUGUCACGGAGGUCAACUGCGAGCUCAGCUUGAGUUGUUACUCACCUAAUCUUGACAGAGUUUAGGACAGUCUUAAAACUGUUUUAAGGUGGACUGAAAAACAAACAACCCAUUAACUGAGUGAGACAGCUUUCUAAAACAUGUGAGAAGGUUUCUCAUUUCUUCAAAACACCACACUGGAAAGUCUGGGUAACAUGUCAAGUCCUAGAGCUUGAGAAGACUGAAUUAUAGGCUCAGGUUACAAAGGAGGAUGUCACAUUCACCUUUCAUUGUUGGUGGGCGAUAAGAAGGUGCAAGUAUAUUAGCUGGUGGCGUCUCAAAGCUUUUUAUACACCAGGAGGUGCUGAUUUGGGGGGGAUGGGUCACUGUGGGUAACAGACUCUCAUGCUCUAGUCCAUUAAAGUGGACAGGAAUGGAUUCAGGCCUGAGCGUAAAGGAUGCAUCCCAGAAGCCAGACCGCCUCGGUAAUACCAAAGAGAUAAGCGGAGACGAGACAGAGCUCUGACAGUAAGUGUUUUAGACAGUCCAGACCCUCCAUUUUCUGACUCUACUGUCUUUCUCAGGGCUACCAGUGCUGCUGUUUGGAAAAGAUCAAGACCCCCUUUUGGACCGGCUAAAAGGGAAAUGUCAGAAAAGUGGUAAACAGUUUCUGUAAUCUGUAACAACGAUAGCAGGGAGUAGCGUUUUGAAGGAUGAUCCUGUUUCUGGCUCUCAAGUUGCGGCAAUUUAGCAACUCCAGGAUGAUAAUGAACAGGAUCAGUCUCAGAUGCUGAUGGGUUUGGUGCCUUUUUCGUCAAUGAUGCUUUCCAUGCAUACUUGCACAUGCAGAGGUUCAUUCAGUAACCUAAACACUUGUCCUUCUGCACGAUUAGACUGUCUUUGUUUUUAAAACCUGCAUCCUGCUUCACCAGUCUGUUGGAAAGCUUGUCUUUGGUGAUUAUUGGUCCAUUUUACCCCCAUAAACUGUUAAAGAGGACUAGUCUGUAAUUGUAGUAUCCUCCACCACGUGUCUGCGCAUGCAUGGGCAUUUAAGGUGAAGAAGGAGGCAUCAUUAGUAAAAUCACAGGAAGUCCACAUACUGUGUUGAGUGAGACCACCUUUUAAACCUUUAUGUCUCUGUGUAAAAUGACACUUGGGGCGACAUAAAUGUGUGUUUAUGUGAACAAACAGUGAUUUUGUACAAACCAAAGGCAGGAUUUAAGGGUUUCUAAAAGCAGAGGCAGGUAUUACUGCUCCUGCUGGAAUGUGUGUCGAAAAGAUUUGACACUAUGUUGAUGACUAAGGUGUUUUGGUUAGACUCGAACAGGAGGGCUAAAGCACAGGUUUUAUAGUUAAAUCUCUAAAUCUGAUUUAGAAGCAAUAAAACUCGACAUUCCUACCUUUAGUACACAUAUGGCUUCUACAGCUAUGUGACUUUAAUUGGUCUUUCUCUGACUGCAGCUUAUAGUGGCUUAAAUUAGAAAACUAAGGGUGAAUUUUGUCGUUUAACUGACACUUCUGGCACACUGACUUCUUUUCUCUUGUUUGACCUUGUUUUUGGCAUCAUGUCAGAAUUUUAUUGCAGCCAAAGGUGCUUCAAAACUUACACUUGUCUCACUUGAAAUUAUGGUUCACAGGUGUGGCUCCUCCAAGUCCAAACCAUGUUUUGAUUUUACGAUAAAUUACAUAUAUUUUAUGAUAUCCCUAAUGCUGUUGUAAAGGGUGACCUCCAUUUUUCUUCGUUUAACCCCAAGUUGGUGGGCUCCAUGUCGAAGCUUACCAUAAACCCUUUAAGCUGCUUUUACGGCUCUGAAACCUGCUUCUCGUCAAUUUCCCGUUUGUGAGAAAAUUUUACAAGUGUCAGACCAAAAUACCACCAGACUUUCGCUCACAUCUGUCAUUUCAUUAGCGCUUGAAUUCCGCUUGAUGAAAUUCUGUGGGAAUGGGCCUCAUAAAAUGACUCCUUCAGUUUCAGAUUUACUACAAAUGGUAAAUACAUAACACCAAAGUUCAGUUCCUGGUGUUAUAUCCUUAAGUUUUAGAGUGAAAUCAAGCCGUCUUUGCAUUCUCCUUAUGCACUCAUGCACGCACUUGUUCCAGCAUCCCAGAACCAGCUGAGUCAAAUUUGCAUUUCAGUUCUGGCAACAAAGCCCAGUAUUUGUGUCCGUUGCUGACAAUAGUAAUUGUUGAGUAUCUGUUGGUAGUCACCACCUGGAAGGCGUUGUAUUUAAACGGAGUCGAGGUUAGAAACCAUCCAAAUAACCAGACACCCACACAGACCCAUUUUACUGCUUCUCCAGUGGUGAUUUUUACAUGAUUGGGCGUGUUUGUGUAAUCUUGUUUCUCCUUGGUACUUUCCGUUUAUGACCACCACCAGGUCCAGCCAUGAGUCAGCCACAUUCCCUCAGAGACCAACCAUGGAGUGAUUACUGGGUGUAGGUUUCUGUCAGCCGCCUGUCCCCUUGAUACCUUUACUCUCAAGGUGACUUAAUCUGCCCUCAAAUAGCGGACAGAGUAAUUACAGUAAAGGAUUUAACGGCAGUGCAAAGUUAGGGUUUGUUUGAUGUUCAAAGCGGUGAAAUUUGAAGCCUGCAACCUACACCUCAAAGGAUGUAAAAAACACCCCACACCAUGCAGAGAUUGCAGAGAGUUUACAUCUCUAGAUGGACUGAAACACAUUCAUAUUCUAUGGCUCAUUAUCAGGCAGAGUAAUCCAUCAUUACCCGAGCUCUUUGGACUCCAGACUUACUGUUUUCUUUCCAAUUCCACGGGCCAGACCAUUGGAGGUUGUGUGGAAAGUGACACUUAUAUCAGCUUUAUAUAGUUCAUAGUCAGGGGAAGCUGUAUUAUGCCUGAAUUCUGGCCCGAAAAAAUGAUACAUUUCACUUUAAUACUUUUGCCAAGAAAGGAUAUUGCAAUGAAAAACUAAUUCAACUUGGCAGAUGUGAGCAAACGGCUGAAAAUUGUAUUUUUUUUUCUUUCUGUUGCAAAGACAUUCAUCUAUGUUAUGACUGUUUUAUUAGCUAUCAGGCUAGGAUGGAUUGAAAUGCUGAGAUGAACCUUUCUUUCACCAAAAACAUUGCUUUCCCUGAACAGUUACUUAAUGCCAUAAUAGAAAUAUCCAUCGUGAACAUUAUCAACAUGGUGCCAUCUAGUACAGAAAGGAUGACUUUUCUAUUUUUUGCCACUUUGUUCAUCUCUAAACAAAUUUUGAAAACAAAACUUUAAAUUUGUAGGCAUAUAUUUUACUGAGAUUCUAGGUUUUAAAUUGUAAUGUAAAGUAUGAUAGCAGAAACAAAAAUUGCACUGUAAGAUAAAAGAGAGGGGGAUUUUACUUGCCAUACAUCAAUCUACAGUUUCAAUCUACAAUCUGACUUAGAGGGUAACACUUGACUUGAUCUCUAUAACGUAUUAUAAAUAUAUGUAUAUUGCAUUAUAAUCACAUAAUAGCACUGUAUAACUAUAGUUAUAAACACUUAUAAAUGAUCAUAAUGCUUUAUAUCAAUAAUCAUAACACAUUAUAAAGCAUUUUAUCAUAACUUACAAAGUCAGGUAUUGUAAUGUGUUAUAACUAUUAACAACUGACAAUGCCCACAUAGAUAAUGCAAUGCAACUGUUGUUAAUAGUUAUAACACAUUAUGAUGCCUGACCUUGUAAGUCAUGAUAUAACGUGGUUAUAAUGCAUUAUAAAUAUAUUUAUAAUGUGUUAUAGAGAUAGGUGUCAAAUAAAGUGUUACCAAAAAAAAAUAAAAAAAAGUCAGCCCCUAAUAUGUAAAAGUAUGUUUGAGCUUUUUAAUAAUGAUGUUAAUGGGGCUUUCUGAGCUUUUGGAGGUAGCCUCAAGUGGACGCUCAAGGUACUGCAGUUUUUGUGCACUAUAAUGUUGGUGUUAUUUUUCACAACACCAGAAAUUGCCACAUUUUUUGAAGUUGCUAAAUGGACUGAAAACAAAGAAAUUAAUGACUGGAAGUUCACCUUCGUGAGACAGUUGGUCACAGCCAUGGUGCACAACAGUCGUCAAGUGGUCAUGAUUACUUAUAAUGGAAGGGGGAGGAAAAAACAGUAAAUGUAAAUUGUGGGUAUUUUAACAUGCAUUAGUCAAGAUUUAGUCGUAUUCGAGAAAUUUUAAAGAAUCUCAUACUUUGGCAUCCUUUUGCUGGUUUGCAUAUUUAUCCCAUAUUCUUGUCUUAUGACAGAAAUAAAUAACUUUCCCUGAUGUUGUUAAAUUUGUUCUGUGACAAUGCCUUUUGUUUUUGAGUUUAGGACGCACUGUUCAAUCCAGCUCACGAAGAAAUACGAGUGCUAUUGUUGCUCUGUCAUUUGAAGAAAAUAAGUGUGAGUCAGCUGACAAGAUAAUUGCAGCAAUCUGUCACUGAAAUGACGGAUAGGUGCUCUGAGACUUCUGCGAAGUUUUGCCACAAACAACAAAAAAGCAUUUUCCACCACAGACUAUUUCAUCGGUUUGAUUUUGAUAUAGUUCUGGUUAGAGGCUGUUUGUUAGUAAGGACACCGGCAUAAAGGAAGUUGGUGAUCUGUUUCUGAAACAUGGCGGCUACGCUCCAUUUACCAUCCAAAGCAAAGAUCAAGCGGUUGAAAAAUCUCCCCACUGAGGGAUAAUUGAAUCAACUUGGUGUGUGUUCAGACAGAGAACAAACAGAUACAUAAAAUCUAAAAUCCAACUGAGUCGGAUUUAUUUAGAAAACAAAGGCACGGUUCUGACAACACGCUGACAAGCCUUCAAGCAAGUGAAUAAAGAGUAAUGUUAAAAACUUCGCAAUAAAAGGUAACAAAGUGAAAGAUACAACCUGAACCGAAGAGAGAGAAGAAAAAGAUCAGAAAUGUAUAUUAUCAAAGGAAAGGAAAGACAGUUAAGUGCACAGAUGUUUCAUAUAGUUGAUCCAUCUUAUCUGAAACAAACUUUUAUCUCUCAUUUGUUUGUAGAUAAAGAUGAAAGAGUUUCUCUCCGACUAGCUCCAGUGAAUAUCUGUCCAUCUCUGCUUCUACCAUCCCAAACUAACCACCUACAUCUGGCCGAGCUUAUAUUGAAUGAACCUAUUCUUUGCUUGAAUGCCACUCAAAUGACAGAAAAAAUAUGUUUGCUUGUUGGCUCCUUCUGGCACGUAAGAAACUGCUGUCCGACGUGUGACAAAGCGUGACCAGCGUGUGGAAAAGUGUUUACGAAAUGUUUGUAUUUACCCUGUAUGUGUACGAAAAAUUGGACCGGAGUUGAGUCAAUCUGAUAUAUACAGCCAUUAAAAUCAUAGUUUUGGGAUAUUUUUCAGUCCCAUUUUUAAGUGCUGUUUUCUUUUCCUUUCCUGUUUUGCAGAUUGAGUAUUACAUCAAAGAGAGCAUGAAGACAGAGAUGGCUCAACUGCAGCAGAGCGCGGUCCACAACCACACAGCUGCCAUGUUGGAAAUGGGCACCAACCUCCUUUCUCAGACGGCCGCACAGACACGCAAGCUGACCGAUGUUGAGACACAGGUGAGGCCUCAUUAAACCUAAAAAAUGUAGACGUGUGUCAUUCUGUCUUUGUCUUCCUCCAGCGAAAAGAUCCAUCCUAUGGGCCAUUAACCAAACUAUUCCUUCUCCGACUUCCCCUAAAAGGUCACAGAGAGCUGGCCAAGGACAACACAGAUGCUAUAUAAACUCCUGUCCCUUAUUUGAGUUAUUCGGCUCGGCUUCCUUUCAAUGUUUCUUUGGCGAAGUUUGAGGAGGAGGUGAUGGAAAGUUUUGAAGUUAGUGUUGGGUCAUUUUUGCUAAAGCGCUAUAAAGAUAACUGUUUGCAAAGCCUAACAAAAGCCAAUCAUACCAGAGAUUAAUAUCUGCUAAGUAUUUCCAUGUGUGGGGUGAACACUUGACGAAAUGAAAACAAAGUUGAUGGUUUAUAUACGCACUGAAUGUUCUCUGUGGUACUUCCUCUAAAGUGCCCUAAAUACAGCCUCGUGUUUUAAGUUUCCUUUUUCAGGGCUCGGUGCACAUGUGCAUGAAAUUAGCAUGUUUUACGGCAGCUAACAAGAGCAAUAAUAUCAUCUUUACCAUUUUUGUACUUUGUGUAUUUCUUACCAUGACAGGUCCUGAAUCAGACGUCCAGGCUGGAGAUCCAGCUGCUGGAAAAUUCUCUUUCCACUAACAAACUGGAGAAAGAGUUAAUGGUCCAGACCAAUGAGAUCAGCAAGCUGCAUGACAAGAACAGGUAAACACACAACAUUUCAAGCAAACAAAACCAUAAAACCGCGAGACAGUAAACACGCUGGAGAGAAACGGGCGAAGAUGGAGCGGAGGAAAUAAAGAUGAUCAAGUUUGUGCAGAAAACUUUCAGCUCUAAGUGCCGCUAAUCUCCAGGGGAGCUGCGUAAAUAAAACAAAUCCUUGCUACCAGCUCUCGUUGACUACAAUGCAGAGUAUCCAUAAUAGGAAUCUGGUAUUAUCUGAAUGCAUGAGGCUUUUCUUUCCAUGUUGGACCAUUUUGAACCGGUUGCAAAAUCAGACAAUUAAAAUGUGGCUUUUGGUUACAUUGUUCAUGUCUCCAAACUUCUCCUGUAGUGUGAUUCGUCCAGUGAGAUCACUUUAGAUGAUGUAUUGUUUAAAAGAGUUAGGUCCAGAUCUCUUAUUGCAGCAUCCGCGGGGAGUCCGUGCAAUCACUUAGGAAAAGAAAAAGCACCGUUCAGAGGAGUAAUCUCAGGGGAUUCUGAGUUUUUAGAUCAUUUUGAGACACAAGCAGAGCGGUUUUUGAGGGCAAUUUACCUAAUCUUUCGCAAUUUUGACAGAAUCCCUUUGUGUAACUAUCAUCUGUGAGUUUUGCCGUCGCUUAGCGUGCUGUAGAGGGAAUCAGAUGAUUAGCGCAUGAAUUAGAUGUCGUCUUGUGUCAUUUUUCAGGCACUAGAUCGAGCAGUGGUCAUGCCUGUUUAGGGAAAGGUUUUCAUGUUGUCGAAGCGUGCGUUCAUCCUCUGUGUUUCCAGUGAGAACCUCCUAUGAGUGCCAAUUUUUUAUAAAUUAGAUUUUAUAAACUGAUCCCCAGUCAUGAGAUUUCGACCAAAAAUGCAAAAUGAGAUGCAUUACAUAACAUGUAAAUCAACGAAUUCUUGGUAACAGAAAUUUCAUAACACUAUUCAGUCCAGUUAAACCUGUGAAAACAUUUCUCAUUCCAGUGGAUUUGAUGAUAAAGCAGUAAGAGUAAUAAACUUUCUUUCUUUGACUUUCAUGUUCACCUUCAGCCUCCUGGAGCAGAAAAUGAUCGAAAUGGAGAUGCGACACCGUGAAGAACUGGAGGCGCUAAAGCAAGAGAAGGGGAGCCUACAGGCUCUGGUGGGGAGCCAGAGCGGGGUUAUCAGGGAGCUGGAAGCUCAGCUGAGCCGAGCCACGGGGAACAGCACAGCUCUGCAGAGACAACAGCAGGAGAUGAUGGAUACCGUCCAUAAUCUGCUUAACCUCUGCUCUAAAGAUGGAGGUAAGCUACCCGGAAUCAAUGCUUACAUACCAAGAGGUUUGGCCCGCUUUCAGCGAUUCAGACUGGAAAUAUGCUCUUGCACAACUGCCGUCACAAAAACAAAAUCUGGCAAUUUUAUCAAGAGGUGAAAAAGUCCCGUCCUGUUAGAGGAGAAAGGGGAGUUUGAUCACCUAGCAUGGCCGCAGAGUCUCGAUAGAGUUGGACCAAUCAGUGGAAUACGAAGUAUGGUUUGGACGAUGGCAGCAACAAUGAAGAAUUUGUUUGUAUAAAGUAGGAAUUAAAGAAAGCACUGACAUAAAGCAUGACUUACAGAGAACAUAACCUUUUUUUUCCCACUUAAAAAUCAAUCGAUGUUCAUUUUUAGUGGAGAGUUUAGGCGUAUGUUGACAUUGCCAGUGUGGUUUGGGUCCUACUGGAAACACGGCUCUAAAAUCCUGGGGAUUGGGAUCGUGACCUCGGUGAUGCAAGUUUUUCUUCUGGUCAACAUGAGGUUGACGUCAAUCAAGUUAAACUGAGGGAAUAUCAACAGAUAUAUCACAAACUGAUAAGAUACAGUAUAAAUGGUACACCCCAUGGAGCUGCUAGCGUAGCCGUAUAAAUCUAAACCCUGUUCCCCAGUGAGACCCUCAGACAAAAUCAAGAACAUCCACUGUGAGCUGGCUCGGCCCUAAGAGGCAAAGCAAGGUUCAUGUUUAUGUGUCAGAGGAAGUGAGCAAACACGAUCGACCGAUCCAAACUUUCCCCACCCCCACCAGUGAUGACCCUUACCCGGGAAAAAGCCCACUGACCCCUGCCAGACCACAAUGCGCAAAGGAGAGCUUGCGGAUUGGCUGUGCAGGACUUGAACUAUGGGGCAGCACUCAACUUGGAUUACAUACUUCCUGUGGUCUACUGUAACAGAUAGAAGAUCUUUUUAUUUUAAAAUCCUCAUGAAAUUAUGAUGACACCACUUCUAUAAACUUAACCCCAUACUGAGAGACACAGGGAUGUGCUGGCUAUUCGAUUCUGCAUCACUGCGAGCAGCAUGAAGAAGGAAACAUGGAUCUUAUUGUAACCUGGUGUGUUCUUGUAAAACCGCUUUGGUACCGCUCAUAAACCAGCGGGGGGCUCUUCUUUUGGUAACACAUGGUUAUCACACUCUCUAACUCUAAAAGUCAGUGCUCACUGCUGAAAGAAACAGGCUUUUUUCUCCCUCUGAGACUAAACUAAGGACCUCUGUACAUUUGACCUGAAAGCAGUGCCUUCCUUACUCCUUGUGAACUCAUUUACCCCCUUUUCUGAGACACCACAUGCACUGGAUCCCAACAUUAGUCACUAAUCCUAUUGGUCACAGGAGAUUUGAAAUAAACAUUUGUGACAGGGGAUUGGUUGCAACUUCAUUUCCAUUCGUGGACUUCCUGAUGAGAUGUUUGUAGACCCCACAAGGGUUCCCUGAGGUUUCCCAUCGGACAGGAAACAACAAGGAUAUGAAAGGAUGUAGGAGCUAUGAGAGGAUAACCGCAACUAAUGAUUAACACAGACUCGGUCUUUAUCAUGCUGCUCUCUUUUGUGAUUUUAAUGUUCCAUGCGAUGAAGGUCACAGGCGGCCUCUCUUUCUGUUUAGUCUAGAUUUGUUUAUGUUGCAUUCAAUUACCGGAGGACCAUUUCGGCCUGACUGGUCACUGUAUAUCAUCUUUCAGUCUUGAUUUUGCAAAUUAAGCGUGUCCUGAUGCAACACUUUUAUCCCUCACCUCAUGAUCCUCCAGGUUUGAUCAAACAAAACGCUUUUCUCGUCUUUAUUUUGCUUCUGCUUCUGCUGUUUUCAGUGUCAGCAGGGUCAGUAGAGCAGGGUAUAGCAUCCCCGUCCCCCCCUUUCUGUGAUUGGUGACUGACUUAAUGAGAGCUGAUAGAAAUGGAACGUGGCCGCUGCUGCUCUGUGGUUGGUCCUUUCCUCUUGCAUGGUGGUACUGAAGGUUGAGGCUGGCCUACGGGUCAAAGGUGCGCCCUUUGUUCACCCUAGCCUGAAUAAGUCAAACUGUAAUAGCUCCUGGGGGAGUCCCUGUCCAAAGGUGGUGAGGGAACAUGUAGAUCUUACCGAUCAUGAGACGCGCUGCUCCUGUUUUUCAGCAGCGUGUACAAAAACAGGAGCAGCAUAGCUCUUUUUUUUAACGUUGAGAAAAGGGUUUUGUUUGUUUGUUUGAGAACUUGUAGUAGUUUUCAUUUAAGGAAUCGCUCACCAUUUCAAGGUUGGCGUCUGUCUGCGUUAGUCACUGUUAUGAAAACUGAGCUUUCCCUUAAAACACAGACUCAAAUCACCUUUGGCAUUGCUUUAGGGAAAAUGACAAGCACUUCGACAUGAUAGCUUUAGCUCUAAAUCCCCCUAUACCUCAUUUUUUCUCAUUUGUCCAUGUACGGCUUCUCCGAAGAUUAGAGGUUUUAUGCGUGUUUUCACUCUUUGAACCGGACUGGUUGAAGUUUUGGCCGAUAUUUUUGAUGUGGCCAGUGCAGCAGUGGAGCUCUUGUUUAGUUUGUAAUCAUUACCCAAACCUCAUUAGGGUGCAAUGAGCCACACACUGGUAUUAACAGUAAUUGACCUCAGCUUUUGGAGCCCUGUAAAAGUUUCUGGCUGCAAAAUAUGAGUACUAUUAUCCCACUAAAGGAAUGGCAUUCAUCAUCCUUACAGCUGCUUACUCAGACACUUAGACAGGGGAAUUACAAUAGAGCUAAAUAGCAUCAAUGCUAAACCCGCUCAUUAGACAUGACUACACUAUCCAGAUCUAGAUUUUAAAAGCUCUAUGUGAUUAUUUUUAUGCUUCACUGACCAAGAGAACGAGUUGACACCUAUUGUUGCUACAGCCGUGUAAAGCUCACAGCUCUUAGGAGUCACACCAGUGACCCUCCCAGAACUGUAGGUACCCCCUUCCCCUAUUUAUACUCACAUAGGGAACAAGGGUAUGUGAUAGAGAGUGUUUGCACAGGACUGUUAAACAAAGCAGUGUGUUUUAGAGAGGUGAAACAGGGAAAAUAUGUGAGUUAGUUAAUUGCAUUCACUUACAGGCCUGAAUUAAAACAAGUUCAUCUAAACCACAGCAGCUUUGGGGAAAUACUCUUGUUUUUACAUAUCUUGCUUUUUGAGAUACAUAUACUUGAAUUACACCUGAAAAGCUCCCUGAAUGUCGAACCUAGCGUCUCAUAUCUCUUUGUGUAGGUGACUAAAUACACGAUUAAGUGUUGGAGAUGGUCAAAGUGUUGGCAAAUUAUUGGAAAUUCAGUGCACUACUUCUGACAUGCUUUAGCUCAGUGGAGACUAUAACUAUUUUUGAUAAAGUCAGACUGAUUAACUUGAAUAUUUGGCAGCAUUUCAGCAUCUGUGCUCUCAAGUCUCAUGUCGAAAUCAUCCUUUCUAAAUGAUAGCACUUUUCCCCAUCCCAACCCAUUAAAGGGAAAACAGUCACUUCAAUCAAUCAAUCAGUCCUUAUUUAUACAGCACUUUUCAUACACAACCAAGUAGCACAAAAUCUACCCCAGCCCAACCCCUCAUUCCCACCCCACGAUCUAAUUGCAACAGAAACAGUAUUAAAAUGCAUAAACUUAAAAAGGGCUUGAUUUUGUGAAAACGUCAUUUUAAAACUCAAGAUAAGGAAAGAUUAAAAGUUUAGAUUAAAAUCUAAAAGCAAAGAAACAUAGAAUGAAAUUUAGGGAAUAAUAAAUAAAAUGAAAUUAAAACAACAGUAAAAGAAACUAAAAUAAGAGCACCAAAGUAGCUCAAUAUAAGACGAUCCUGUGAUUAAAACUAGAAUAAGUAAAUGCUAAAACACUUAAACAAAGUUCAUGAUAUAAAAUUUAGUUAAAAGCAAGACUAAAAAUGUAUGGUCACUUGCUGGUGUUUGAUGUAGAAACUCCUUACAGUGGCUUAUUUUUUGACAACUGAAGAGUUCAGAAAUAGAGACUUGAUGGGAAAACCCUGAUUUUAAUCUCAGCUGUCAUGUUUGCUCCCCACCCGUCCUUCAUUGUGCUUCGGGCUGAUGUUUUUCUCUUGAUUGUUUAGUGGCUCGUCAAGUGAUCACCAAAUCAACGUCCCUGUCAAAACUAGACUCCAUGCAUGCACAGGAUAAAACUAGAGCACUCUCUCAGAGCUUUCUGAAGCUCUUCCUAUAAACAGUGCUCAGCAUAAAUGAGAACAAUCCUUCAGAGUUGUCCGAAAACCUUUAGUUUCCUUUAAAAUCUACAUUUUCUGUGUCGGACUAUACAACAAAAUACUUCCUCAAAUGUAAGCCAUUGAUUGAAAACAAGAUGUUUUAAGUCGCACACAAAAAAGUUUUUUUUUUUUUCCCAUUUAAAAUCAGAAUGCAAAAAUGAGUACAACCCAAUAAAAGUUCAGGGAGCAAAGCUUAGUUUUAGUUAGCACAUCACCCUUAUUUUCAUUUAAACUCGGCUUUGUCAAAACUUUAGAAAUUGUACUUUUGCUCAUCUAGAUAUUGAGUAAUACAUUACUUUUAAUAGGGGUGUACUGACUUAUGCUGGGCGCUGUAUACUCUUGUUAAUGAAAGGACUUCAUUCAGGGGAAUUGUAGUUCAUAUACGUUACAGUGUUUAAAAUAUCCAUCCUUUAUUAAACACUAAUCUAAAGUUGUCAGACUGUGAAUGCUUUGGGGACACAUAAAUCCCAAAUUUUCACACAGCUCUAAUCCUCCUCACAUGUUAGCUUAGUUCUACAUAUCAGUGUGGUCAAAUAUAUUGUGGGAAUCCUUGUGUAGUGCUUUGCGUCCUUCAUAAACGAACAGACCCGGAGAAAUUCAUUGGGUCCUGUAUGGAAUCACUUAAACCCUCAGCGGCAUUUAGAGAGUGAUUAUAGUCACAUGGGAGCAGUGAUGUCUAUGGCAGUCCAUUUAGCUCCAUUACUCACUCCUUUUAGUUCGAGUAUUUGGGCUCAUUUGGCAAGGGUACUGAUUUAUGCAAACACCAAGGCCCGGCUGAUCUUUUCACAUGAACCCCCUACUGAAUACGAGUCCCCGCUGAACUACAAAAUAUUUUUCUGUAAAUAAAUAUUGGGACAUAAAUAAUAUUUGCAGAGCUGGGCAGCAAGCUGUUCGAGGAAGCCGCUCCUACGCCGGAGCAUCAAGACUCUCGGCGGAUUGUCUCUCUCCACCAAUAAGAGAUCUGAAAGUUGUGAAAUAUUCCUCCACACUUUUACAAAAAGCUCCCCUCUGACAUUGAUCUCCUUGGCCUCUAAAAUGUGUCCCGCUGUCUGCCGGCGUGGGGUAAAUUACCGCCUGACAGGCCAGCUCUUUGUUUCAUUAAAGUCUGGAGUGCGAGGGCCCACACUGUCAACCUGUCACAGCAGGAGAUUCUUGUCGCUGACACUUAAUACUUUGUCAAAAUCUUCGGAUGGUAAACCAAAGAGAAAAUCCGCCUUCUUCCACCCGAGGAAGUCCUGCACUCAUGGGCGGGGGGAUCAAAGUAAAAGGGUAAGGAUCGCCGACACAUUUCACUUCUCCCCGACGUCUUCUUUGACUCAACAAUUCCAACAAUCACAACAACGGUGUGAAAACCUCUCCAGAGAGGGUGCGGGGAAAAAGAGCGAAUCGGAAGGAAUUUCCAUCAAUAUAACAAGGGCUAGGAAGGUAAAUAAAACCACUUGUUAUAACAGGAACUUGAAAUUUAUAGCUUGUAGUAUUUUGUCCUCAGCCCCUUGCUUGGUUUCAAAAUAGUGCCGCCAUAAUUAUCCGCAGAUGGAAAUGGAUGCAGCUGGUCUGUCAAAGUCUUCAGCCGUCCCUCAGAGCGAGAGAUCACCCAGUCUAUGAACCGCUUUCCUCCUGACAAUAAGUUAGUUGCCCCCAGAUUUUUAUCUGGCCGUUACGAGAUACUCGCUGUGAGACUUCACCGACAAGCUUCUGCAUCAGUCCUUUCGAAUGUUUCCCGGCUCUGAAAAUGAUGAAUCGGCCCAUUAAGGAAUGUUUUCCAAUUUGUGAUUUCAUAAAAACAUUAUAAAAUCAUUUUUUCCAUGUUUAACGCCAGAGGUUGCAUGAUGGGUAACCGUUUAUCAUAACAUGAAGUAUUUUUACAGUGUGUUUACAGCUGUAUCUGCUGAGUCGAGUGUUUAUAAAAUACUUUCUUCCUCAUUUAUAAUCGCAGUACUGAUCGCUUUAUUUCCCUGUUUUACCUGCAGUUGUGCCAAACAGCACAAAAGUGGCCGAUGAAGAAAAGAAGUUCAGAGACUGCGCCGACCUCUACCAGGCCGGUAUCCACAAGAACGGAGUCUACACCAUCCAGAUCAACCAGCAGGAGACCAAAAAGGUUAGACGCAACAACACCUUGAGGCCAGCACACAGUGUAACAGGAAAACUCUUUGUCCUUUAGUUUUAGUGGUUUUACACACUUUCACUUUACAUAGAAAUUAAAGGUUAACUUCCUAAAGUUUACUGAAAGACCUUGAGGCACAGCUAAACACCAGCCAGCGAUGAGUGAGAACGAUGAGUUCAGGAGUAAUGAAAGCUGAAAAUACACUUGGCAGCUUUAUGAGUGCUUCAUUUAGCAGAGGGGGGGGGGGGGGGGGGGGAUUAGGUGUGAAACAGGACGCUGAGUAGAUCGGGAUGGCGACAAUGCGUGAGUGUGUGGAUGUGUGUGUGCUUAACCUUGGCUUGAAUUUUAAUGAUAGAGGCCAUAAUGCACCAGAGUUCGGAGAUUAUGAACCAACUUUUCCAAGAUGAUUGAAAGAUAGUAUACUGUGGAGGAGCUAUUUUAGCCAAUCUGAAGCUCUCACUCUGUAAGUGAAAACAGUUUUAUUUUUUUCAAUAACACCAAAUCGCAGCAUUGAAAUAUGGUGACCAUACAUCCUCUUUUACCCAGGCAUGUCCUCUUUUUUGGGGGGGCUGUCCGGCCUGUCUGGGGGGAGUUUAUAAAAUCCUUCAAAUAUCCGGGGUUUUUGUACAGAAGCCCGUUUUUUCUCACUUUAUUUACCAUACAUGUUCAGUGGUUUAUUUUGGAAACACUCUGUGCUAACAUAAAGUCAUGCAACACUCACAGGAAACGCCGAUAGUGUGAGCCACAGACCUCAAUAUGAAGAGGUUGUUCACACUGCUGGAUGCUUCUUCUCCAAAGCUGCUCCCUGCCUCUGUUAUUGUUUACUUUCCUCACGAAGCACGUAGCAAGAUCCAAGCAUGAAUCCGAUCGCUUUAUAAAGUUUUAUUAGCCUAUCAGAGGCAGACGAGUAGGAUGAUUUGAUUCGCAAUGACUCCAGAAAUGUUACAAAAUGACGUAUCUGCCCUCCCGGCUCGAAGGGUAGAAAUGCGAAGCGGCGCCGCCCGGCUCGGAAGGUUAAAAUGCAUACAUGCACCCAGCUUUUCGAGUAGAAAUGCGCAACCAUGAUCUUGGCUUGGAAGGUUAAAAUGCGUACAUGCUGUCCCAGUUUAAAUGGGUUAACUAAGUUGGAAGCGUGCAAAAAACACUCGACCGACCCAAAAAACCCUCAGAAUUUUGCGCUCACAAAAACUCUUUUUGAAGAUUCAGAAUAAGAUCACCCUAGCAAAGCCUUAAAAUCUUGCAUGUGCACGCGUGUGCACACAACUCGUAGUACUGUCCUCUUUUUGGGGAUUCAGAGUAUGGUUACCCUAAUUUAAAGUUCAGUUUAAAGUUUUUUUUAGAUAUAUUUACAGUUUGUUCUUAUGAUGAAAUAGAUUUUAAUUCCACUCAGUUGUUACAGACAAAAAUGCGUGUGUGCAUGUGCAUGAGUGCGUCCCUGUUAGCCUUGAGCAUGAAUGAUGAGCGAGCCUGGGGAAAACCGUUCUGUCGGGGGCUCUCCUUUAAUUAUACCCAGGUUGUGCUCAUGUGUGUUCAGCUGCGUGGGCUGCCUGAGGUGAGAGACCUCCUCGGCUCCACCCCGGGGUCUUCUCCUCAAAACAAAGAGCAGCCCGGCAGAUACAGCACCAGCCUCGCAUUAUCAGCUUACACACACUGAGGUCCAAGGUUAAGGGCCACAUUACGCCCAGGACCUCCCCUUUUGAUCCUGCAGAAACACGGCUGUCUGAUGAGGAACAUCUCCGGGGAGCUGGUGAGGGAUAAGGAGACGCAGAUAAAGUUAGAAGGGGACGUAGAUAUGCAGCAUCCUAGAAAUGAUUCACCCAAAAAGCCGGGAAAAGGAGUGUCUGAAACUGUACAACUGUCCUCUGACCCUCUAUUGUUCGCUAAUGCCGCUGAGAGUCACAUUAGACGCUGGAAUUCUUUGCUAAUUCUUAAGUUUAAAGAAUGCACAAAGACCUUUGGGUGCUAUUACUCCAUUACCUUUAUGCAUGAUUUCCCACCCUGCUUUGCUCUCAUGUUUCAUCUGCGUAGGUGUUUUGUAACAUGGAAACAGCUGGCGGUGGAUGGACGGUCAUCCAGCGCAGAGAGGACGGCAGUGUGGACUUCCAGAGAACGUGGAAGGAGUACAAGACGGUGAGACAUGACGAAUACAUGCAGACAUAGACUUGCCCUUUGAACAGACGCUCAUUUAUAUCCAUUGAGAGCCCGAUGAUAAUGGCGGAGAACAGAGAAACGAGAAGAAGACACUCAUUUGUAUCCAUUAAGUUUAAAAUAUGAAGCAGCGCGAUGAGAAAAGCAUGCUGUUUCAAAAUCCAUUUCCAUUGGGGUUUGACGGAUAGCCUGCACUUUCUGGCCUUGAUGAACAUCCUGAAAACUACGAGAGCUGGAUUCUCUGAUCCAAAAAGCGCCAGAUUGCUUCCGCCAGAUAUUUCUCCUCUGAAGAAAAAAAACUCCUCUGUCGCUCUUUGUAGAAGCAAUACUGUCAAGGGUGUCUGAGACUUUCCCCGCUCCUCUGCUGAGGCCUUGUGACACAGUUAUUCCUCCUCCUUUCCAACAGGAAAUUAUUACCUCCAUGUAACACAACACGAUUGUUUAGUCUCUUUAGCAAUAUGCCAGGUGUUGCAUCUGUUUGUCAUCAAGGGGAGAUUGUUGUAUGUUUGCGGUGGAAGUGAAAACAUUUCCAGUCUGAGUCGUGUUUAUUCGGUAAAAUUGGAAUUAUUAUUCCUGGCUGCUGCGUUGCUUAUGUUUGCUUUGAAAGUCACCUGUGUAUACCUAUCGCACCGGGUCUGUUUAAUCCGCGCUUUGUUUCCUGUUAGAUGAUUUCCCCUAUCUUCACCUCUUUUGAUAUGCUGUGUACAUGUCAGGAUUUCAAAGACAUCUCGCAUGUCAGAUAAAUAAAAAGCCUUUAACUGGAAACAGACGGAAAAAGGAGCAAUGAUUCAAAAAGGACAAAGUACAACAUAAUUUAGGGUAUACAAAAUAUAGCACCAAAGGGACAUAGUAUAUGGAAGCCCACCAGUUUUAUAUCAAUGGAGCUGUUCCAAUAUUUACACUGUUAUCUAACAGACGAGUAUAACCGUUCCUCUCCUACAGAAAACUCAAACUAUAAAUGCUGUUUUAUUAUAUUGUCAAUUUCUUAUUCGUGGCCUUUUGAGGAUUGGGUUCGCAGAUAUAAUGUGCUAGCUGUUCAAGCUGCGAUAUUUCUUCUUUGUGGGACUGAGUUUUGCAAUAGAUCUAUACUAGAACUCAGUAAAAUGUGACCUUGAGUUCAAUCUAAAGACGUUUAUAUAGUCAAUAACAACCUUAUAAGGAGACCACACUUUACAGCAGAACUUAUUUAUAUUCUUUGGAGACUUUUUGUCUAUCUAGCAGGGAUUUCCUCUUGGCUGGUUCAGAACUGGUGUCCUACAGCUACUCAAAGGGUUAGUUACAGUGAACAGCCAAGAGGUUUAUUGGAAGACUCUAUGACUUAUGUAAUGAUCAAUAAACAAGACUUUGACAGUAUUUAGUCAUAACAUAUUAACACAGGGAUAAAUAAAUGAAGUAAGAGAAAAAAACAGAAACAAGGCAAAAGUCAUGGCUGGAAAAAAAAUUAAGUUAACUUAUUAAUAUUAAUGUGCUGUUAAAAGUCCAUGGUGGUGACAAAAACUUUAAAAAAUCAGUCUAAAUAGUUCCAGAAGUUGUCAGAAAUAGCUAUAGUAACUAAAAUACAAAUUUACUAGAGUUAAAUGAAACAAUAGAUUUUUAAUGAACUAAUAAUGAACAUUUAAAAACGUCAACAGAAAAAAAUAAAAAUAGCAAACUGUUAGCUGCAAAGAACAGUUAAAAAAGCUUUAAAUCGUUUAGAAUUAAUUGAACUAGCGAGCUUGGUGCACUUAAAAACUGUUAAAAUAGCUACCUUCUGUAUUUUUCGGGUGAUAAGGCGCACAGGACUAUAGGGCACACUGUGAAUUGACGUGUCUUUGUUCACACACAAGACGCACCAGAUUGUAAAGCGCAUUAAGCAAUAAUUGGUUUAUUAUUGCGAGCACGUACUUCAGGCACAGGCUGCAUUACAUGAAUGCACUUCUAGUUUAGACAUUACAGUCAGGCAGUGUUGUAGACUGCUCAGAGGUCCUGUUACAGGGCCGAUCAGGUAGUGACACAGCAUACCGUAAUGCUCAGAAUAUCCACUGAGCGGAGCGGCUUCAUUGCUUACCAAAGUCGUACUCACUAGGGCCCGACUGAUAUGGAUUAUUGGGGGCCGAUGCCGAUACUGAUCAUUUUCGAAGCGAAAACGAAUCUCAUUCUCCGUGUUUUAUUUCUGAAAAUAUCGGCGAAAAUCAGUGAGUUUUGGCCGAUUACAGAUUAGUCUCAAAUGGGCUAAAAUUGGCAGAUUAAAUCGGCUCGCCGAUAAAUCGGUCGGGCCCUAGUACUCACACAUUUUGACAGAUUUUUGAGCGCAUUGUACCACAUAAAAUCGGUCAGUAAGCACAAGUAAUCAUACAUAAGGUGCAUAGGAUUUUAAGACGCACUGUCAAUUUUUGCAAAAUUUUAAGGAUUGUAAUUGCGCCUCAUCGUCCGUCAAAUACGGUACUUGUCUUUAAAGGCUGGUGAGGGUUCAAAUAUGAAUGUUAGAAGCUGCUGUUAUAGUGUGCAUUUAUACACGCAGCAGUUUCUGAUUUACAGCGCUUCAGGUUUACUCUGUUUUUCUCAGACAAAGUGAUUUUAGCAAGUGUAACUGAAAUGCAAACCGAGCGCUCUGUCCAACUAUAUGACUAACCAUCUCCUCAUCUUUUCGGAGCUGAUAGAUGUAGAUCAGGUUUGCGUGUGAACGAUUGCGAAGCACCGGAACUACACGAGAGAAACCUGUCAACAGAUUUUUCCUCCAAGUUUUUUUAAUCCAGCCAGGGUGCUUGAGAUAAACUGCGGUCACAUUAGGAGGUAUUGGCCCGAACUGAAAGUCAGUAAGAGGGAACUUCUCAUCAGGAGUGAGAUUGAUUAUAGAGAAAUAGGGAGAAAUAGGGAGAGAAAGCAGUAAUGGGCCCGAGUCACUUUCUCUUCCACCCACUCGACAGGACAUGCCUAAGGCUCAAGGAAUGCCCCAUAUUUACUUUCCCUCCUUCCUAUUUCUCACCACUACACACACUCAGCACAAACACAGACUUCUCCCUGACUUCGCCUCAUCAGCCCCCCUCCUCCUCCUCCUCCUCCUCCCUCUUUCCCAAUCUCAAAUAAAGCGGUGCAGACUGUCCUGUCAGAGCUGUAAUGUCAUCCCAUUUUGUUGUAUUUCCUUCUGCAAUCCGCCGCUCUUGCUGCUGUCAGAAGCACUUUGUCUGCGACCGGGAGCCACUCUGAUCAAAUACAAACAUUUGCAGUUGUUUGAAGGAGCAACCGUACAUGCAGUCCGUAUUUUGGAAAAGAAGUCUUUAAGUAAUAAUGAGUUUAACAUGUGGGACCUGAGCGGGAGACAGAUGUGGAAAAAGGUGUGUGACUCUCAGCUGGUACCAAUUCAAGCUCUUUUAUAGGUAGACAAGUCCAUCCACGUGCGUGUGUUCAGAUACAGUAUUUUGAUGUUAUUUUCUGCUGUGAUUUAUAGAAAAGAAGAAAACGCCAAGUACCCGGAACAAAAGACAAUCUGCUCCAUCCGCUGAUGGAUAAACAGCCCUACUUGUUCCAUUUGUUCUGAUCUAAAUCCUGAUUUAAAAAGAUAAUUCAGUAAAUAAAUUAGAAAACUCUUUCCCAUCCGUUGCACAAUCCUCGAGUGUUGAGAUUCUAGGAAAUGCUAGAAGAUAGCAUGAAUAAUCCGCCGUCUAGGAUUUCCAAAAAAGGGGCCUCAGUGUUAUUUCCUCUCUGUUUAUUGUGUCCCUCUCUCUCCUCUUUGCAGGGCUUUGGGAGCGUCUCCGCUGAGCACUGGUUAGGAAACGAGUAUGUUUACCAGUUGACCAGCACUCGGCAGUACGCCCUCCGUGUGGUGCUAACGGACUGGGACGGACACCAGGCCUUCUCACUUUAUGACCGCUUCCAGAUUGGCAGUGAGAAACAGAACUACAGGUAAAAACUGAUCAUGUUUGUACAAAAAAGGUGGGACUUUAGCUCAUGUUAGCUUGUUAGCAUGUUUUCUUCAUCUGCUAAAUAUCAGCAGGCUACUAUCGUCAAGGUACCGUCAUCUCUGAGAGCAGUACAGCAUGUUAGACGAUAUAAAUUUGGAUUAAAUGCCUCUGUCUUUCCAAGGCCAAAAUACUGCCUUAAUGGGUGCUGACAUAUUUCACUGCUGAUGUAUUUUGGACUCGAGGAAUGUGCAAGAACAGUCUGGCUGGUGAAGCCACUGGAUUGACGUCAGUCCCUUUCCUCGAACCAAAACAAAACUUGAACGUACCAAACCACAUCCCUCAGGUCAGGUCAGGCCAGGCCAGUCCAAAGCAGAACAGACUCUUGUGUUAGACACUCAAAGUUUAGGACACAUCAAUGACUCUUGUGUUUGUGUCCUCUCCAUUACUCAUGGAAAUGUGGUAGAAAAAACAGCAGCAGCCUGGAUUUGUCAACCUAGCCUAUCGAGCGUGACGCCACAUCCUUUCUUUUGAAACUUAACCUAAAACUAAAUUAUUCAGAAAUAUCAACACUAGCACAAAAACAAACAACUUCUAUUAAUAGCUUAAGCUUUAUUUGUUUCAAUCUGUGAACCCACCCUGCCUUUAUUUGGGGCAGGCUUCAAAAAGAGACAGGCCUUUAAUUGGUUCCUCUUGAAGUCUUCCAUGAGCAGAACCAAAAAUGUGAUCUUGUUAGUUCAGCCUGGAGUCUUUCUAAGAAACAGUUGUCCUCUUUUUGGUCUUCUUCUGACCCAUAUUCUAUUCAUCAAUAUGAAGUUAGUCGUCCUCUUUUUUCUGCAGCCAGUCACCAGAGGGAGCUCUACAAGUUUCGGCUUCACUUUGAGGCUGUAGUUUUGAGUCUUACACAUCAAUCUAAAAUAAUAAGUUGAUGUAGUUAUCAUGAUGCCUCUUAGUUUGUGGCAGAUUCAUUACAUUUGACGUUGUACCUCUGGUGUAAUGUUAUAUGAUGACAGGCCAGCAUCUACUCAAUCUGAAGCUAGCGAUACACCUACAUUAGUUUCUAACGAGAUCAAAUUUUGAAAAACGGACUUCAUGCUGUCUUGGCAACACAGAUGAAGUCCAUAAGCCCAUUAGAAAAAAUAUUUAAUGACACAAUAGCUUUGGUGAAAAGAGGGUAUUUCCUCACAGACUUCUUGCAACAAGUGGAGCCGCACCCUCUUGGCUUUUUCGAAAGGAUGCUGGCAGAAGACACUUGGCUUUACCUUUUGAAAUCAAGAGGCUACGUCACCCUCUUAUCCUCCGUCUGCGGUGUAACACAGUGUCUGCACAGCCUGUGUGAAUGCAGCAGAAGCCUCGGUCCUCUGUCUGUUCCUACUCAGGAUGUUUCCUGAAACACGGUCAAAUGUAGGUCACGUUUUGGCAGCAGUUGGAGCACAAGACACAGCCACUGUAGCAACAUGCAUAAAACAGAAGAAAAGUCAUCCGAAGCAUAUAAAUCCAGCUUCACACUGUGGGUUUAUAUAAAUUAUUGCAUGAAUGUUUAAACUAUAAGCGUAUUUGUUCUGAACUGCCUUCUGUGUACACUUGCUUUUAGUCACUUGUCUGUCUUUGUAGCAUUUGUCACCGCUGGAGAAAGGACAGAAAACAACCGAGAUAAUAACACUUAAAUCGAAAAACAAGACGUUUUCAAGUGUGAGUCAUAAACAUGGCCAAACUGUAAACCUUCCAGAUGCAUAAACCGUGUCAAUACAGUUAUGUAAGCCUGCGGUGAGGUUUUUCUCAUCGCAAAUUCCUUCCAUUCUGAAUAUAUCGCUUGUCAUCAUCUCCUCAUUGUAAACUUACCCUUGAUUGACACUUUGUCCUCAUGUCUUGCGGGGGCGAAGGUUUCUAUUUUCUUUUGAGGGGGUUAAUGAUAACAGGCCUCAAACUGUGGCAGAUGCUUGGACCUCUCAGAUGUGGAAACUACUGCAAAUUCCACAGACUUCCAAGCAAUUGCUGGCUUCAGAGGAGAAGGUCUGACAUGUCCAAUUCGGCCGGUUUUGCUGGAAGACCGGUUCUCUCUGAUAAGAGGUCCCUUCUGUUGUGAAAUUGCUUAUGUUGAGCUUUAAACGGCGAAAUGAGGAGGGAGAAUCUGACGCUUAAAAGCCUUUACCUCAACCUUUCCAUUCCUCGAACCAAACCCGAGAGAAGAAUCAAAGUGUCGAGUGUUGUCCCGCAGCCGCGGCCGCUCGGCUCAGUGCCAUACCUCAUUUUCAGAAUUGUCUUGUGAUGACAGGGUGUUUUGCUUCACAAGGUUUCUGUCCUGGGGAGAUUGUGCCUUGAGCGGGCUCUGCGGUUUUCCCCUGAGGACUUGAGAAACGAAUUUCAAUCGAGAUUAAGAGAUGGAGUUGUGUGUUGUUGGAGAUGGAGAGAAGAUUUGCCACCUUAUACUUCUGUUAUUUAUUCCUGGCUCAAAUCAAGAAGUUUUUCACACUUUCUCAGUGUCAAAAGUUCUUUGCAGAUUUGGCUUUUCAGGAUCCAUCACCAUCUAACUACCUUGACAACUCUCUUUUAUACACACAUACACUCACCGGCCACUUUAUUAGGUACACCAUGCUAGUAACGGGUUGGACCCCCUUUUGCCUUCAGAACUGCCUCAAUUCUUUGUGGCAUAGAUUCAACAAGGUGCUGGAAGCAUUCCUCAGAGAGCUUGGUCCAUAUUGACAUGAUGGCAUCACACAGUUGCCGCAGAUUUGUCGGCUGCACAUCCAUGAUGCGAAUCUCCCGUUCCACCACAUCCCAAAGAUGCUCUAUUGGAUUGAGAUCUGGUGACUGUGGAGGCCAUUUGAGUACAGUUAACUCAUUGUCAUGUUCAAGAAACCAGUCUGAGAUGAUUCCAGCUUUAUGACAUGGCGCAUUAUCCUGCUGAAAGUAGCCAUCAGAAGUUGGGUACAUUGUGGUCAUAAAGGGAUGGACAUGGUCAGCAACAAUACUCAGGUAGGCUGUGGCAUUGCAACGAUGCUCAAUUGGUACCAAGGGGCCCAAAGAGUGCCAAGAAAAUAUUCCCCACACCAUGACACCACCACCACCAGCCUGAACCGUUGAUACAAGGCAGGAUGGAUCCAUGCUUUCAUGUUGUUGACGCCAAAUUCUGACCCUACCAUCCGAAUGUCGCAGCAGAAAUCGAGACUCAUCAGACCAGGCAACGUUUUUCCAAUCUUCUAUUGUCCAAUUUCGAUGAGCUUGUGCAAAUUGUAGCCUCAGUUUCCUGUUCUUAGCUGAAAGGAGUGGCACCCGGCGUGGUCUUCUGCUGCUGUAGCCCAUCUGCCUCAAAGUUCGACGUACUGUGCGUUCAGAGAUGCUCUUCUGCCUACCUUGGUUGUAACGGGUGGUUAUUUGAGUCACUGUUGCCUUUCUAUCAGCUCGAACCAGUCUGGCCAUUCUCCUCUGACCUCUGGCAUCAACAAGGCAUUUCCGCCCACAGAACUGCCGCUCACUGGAUAUUUUUUCUUUUUCGGACCAUUCUCUGUAAACCCUAGAGAUGGUUGUGCGUGAAAAUCCCAGUAGAUCAGCAGUUUCUGAAAUACUCAGACCAGCCCUUCUGGCACCAACAACCAUGCCACGUUCAAAGUCACUCAAAUCACCUUUCUUCCCCAUACUGAUGCUCGGUUUGAACUGCAGGAGACUGUCUUGACCAUGUCUACAUGCCGAAAUGCACUAAGUUGCCGCCAUUUGAUUGGCUGAUUAGAAAUUAAGUGUUAACGAGCAGUUGGACAGGUGUACCUAAUAAAGUGGCCGGUGAGUGUAUUUACAACUGUUUAAAAAGUGUCUCCUUCGGGAAAAAUACGGCUCCAAUUCCAGAGACAGUUUGCAAUUUAUUGAGACCCUACGUUUAACUUAAAAUAGUUUAAAAACAACAUAUGAACUGUUGAGACCGAAAAAGGUUGUUUUAUUUACACAGCCUGCUCAUUGAAAUGUUUUGAAGGUCACACGUUUCAAAAAAGUUGGAACAGGGACACAAAAUACUGAAAAGUCGGUCAGUACUAAAAAGAAAAAAACCCUGGAGAAACAUUCCCCGAUUAAUGAGGUUGAUUUGUUAUGAGUUAGUUAUAUGACUGAGGCUAUAAAGGGCAUUUUAGACAGAAUGAGUCUUUCAGGAAUAAAGGUUUGAAGUAGUUCACUCUUUUAACUUUCUAAUUUCAAAAAUCUCAGCAUGAUGUUCUUAAGCGUGAAACUGCGACGAUUUUCGUCUGCGGUACAUGAUGUCAUUAAGAGAAUCAGAGAACAUAGAGGAAUCGCUUUAAUAAGAGAACAAGGUUAAACAAUCAUACGGGAUGGUGGUGAUCGAGGCUCCAGGGAAUGUGGCAUUAAGAAAACAAACAUGACUCUGUGGUGAAAAUCACUGCAUGGCCUCAAAAUAACUCCCCAAAUCAGCAUCUAUGAUAAAAAAAAACUGACUCAAAUUAUCCUGAGUAAAUAGGAAACCAUUUAUCAACAUGAUCCGUAAAUGUUGGCCAACCUUUUCUUUUAUUUAUUGAUUGUUUUACAUAAAAAAUGACAAAAAUCUUAACAGUUGAGCAACUGAAAUUCUGUAUCAGGCGAGGAUUUGGCAGUAUUUUACUGGCAAAGUUUCAGGAAUGAGUCUCAUUUACAGAGUAUUGUCCAAAACAGGCAAAGCAACAUAGGAGUACACCAACCGUGUUCCAACUUCUUUCAAAGGUGUCACUGCCAUCAAAAAUGUUUCAACGUCAUUAUUUAAUAUGCUGUCUUUGCAACAUUUGCAGUAAAACCGAUCAAAUAAUUUGCAAACUCUCAGAACCAGCUUUUAUUUACAAGUUUAACAUAGUGUCCCAACAUUUUCCACAUAUUUUAACAUCCCCGUGUAACCUUUCGUUCUUAAGGACUGGGGAAACAGUAACUGUUCUUGUCCAGCUGAAACAGGCGAAAGGGCAUCCCCAGCCACCACCAGAUGCAGAGGCUCUCGCUGUGCAGGACUCCAAACAACACACUGAUCUCUAUAAAUAGAUUUGUUCUUGAAAAAUACUCGUGGUAUGAUAAUCACACAUUGCUCCUCUGAAUCGCGAGCCAAAACAAACCAGAUGGCCGGGCCUUGGACGAACCGGCGCUGCCACGUUCUCUGUUCUUUCUGCUCUGGCACCUCCCUGCUUUUAAAUGUCAAACAAUCUGCGAUAAGCUCUGCAAAGUGCUUAUGUUAGCCUGAAACAAAAGCAGUUGGAAGAGAUAUUCCUGGUCGUUUUGUAGAUUUAAUUUUGAUUAUUUUUCUGUUGUUUGAUCUAGAUUCUUAAAGCACACUCAGUCCUCUAGCAGGCUGUAAAACAAAAGUGCACAAUCAAGGCCACAAACUAAAAAAAAAACCCACUUGGACACAAGGUAGAAAAACUUUGUUGUCUAAUUCCAACAAUGCACAUGACUCACCAUUUAUCAAAUACAACACUGAGCAUUAUAAGCCAGUUUGUCUUGCUGCCAGCUUCUUAGUUUCAUAUAUACGCUGAAAAGGAAAUUACUCAACAUGCAGAGAGGGAGGGAGGUGUGCAAUUAUUCCUUUGUGAAAUAUAGAGUCCUAAUCCUAAAGUAAUGAAAUCAUAUUGACACAAAACACAUUUAUUACCAGCGCUCUGAGGCUUUUGGACCUGCCAUUCCUUUUUGUGCAACCAUCCAGUCCUUGUUGGCUUUGUUCGCUGUAAUGAAAAAUUAUAUCAGUGCAUUUAUAAAAUUAUUGACGAAGGUAGAGUCCGAUUUUUACAGUAAGAGCUCUGGCUAAUGCUUCAGUGGACUCUGCAAUGCUCUCAUUUAGAUAGUAAGAAUGAAAAGUUUUCAGAUUUUAAAAGAUUAACUUUUAAUUUAUUGAUACUGUCCAAUCUAAUCUCCAAGAAAACCCUUUUAAACAACAAUAAAAACUAGUUUUUACUUAAUGUAAUAAAUCUGGGAAAAGACUUAAUCCAUCAGAGUCAUCUUUGAGAUUUCAAAGCCGUGUUAAAUACCGUUGUUAUGAUGUCAAAUCCUGCCCUUGGGAAGUUUUCCUUAUGAAUCAUAAAUGUCGGUGAGAAAGCAAUGACCCGCUGCACUAUUUUUGUUCAGGUUGUGUCUUCACUUGUUAACUAUACAUAAAAACAGCUAGUUUGGAACCAAAGUGUGCGAUUUCACCACAAGGUUCAUCUUCACUAGUAGAGGGUAACGAUCGCACUCAUCACACUGACUGACUGAAUUAAGUUUUUAGUUUUUCUGGCCAAUUAAAGGAAAACUCAUUUUCCUGAAUGGGGGGUUUGAUACUAUGAAGACUUAUAUGCUUGACUGUCUCUGAGCAAACACGUGAGUGUAAACAGCUUCAGAUUACUGCCAAUAACCAACUAUCAGCAACAAUACAGGGUCACAUAUAGGGUUGGGUAUCGUUUGAUUUUGAACGAUUCUGAUUCCAAUUUCGAUUCCUCAUUUCGAUUCCGAUUCCUAUCGAUUCUCUAAUUCGAUUCUUUUAAAAGGCAGGAUAUCAAAAAGAAAAAAGAAAAAAGAAAAAAAAAGCAUGGUUUGAAUGAGGGUGCUAACCGGGGCUCUUCUUUUUUGAUGAAAUUUCUGAACUUCUCCAUGAAUUUUUAAAUCCUAUUAACUUUUUAAGAACUUUACUAUGGAUUUCUCACAGAGCUAUUUUCAACCAGUAUAUAAAUAUCAAUUUUUGUUUUCAGGUCGUUUGUCUAUGAAAAAGUACAAGGGCUAACGUUAGGUGGAUAUUUAAGUUUACUCACCGUACACAGUUCAAUUUCUUUACCGUUUCAAAGUUAGCAGAGGACAUAAGUAAUUUAUUGUUUCACUUAUCUGAUCCUGACUGGUUAGCGGAAGACAGGUGUUGUGCUGUAGAAUGCACCCCUGCCGUAGAAUGCCUCCCCUCCACUGAUUAGCUUCUUAGUGGAAGAAAUAUGAUCUCAUAUUUAAUAAAACACGGGUAUUAGAUCAUGAAAACGUGUCAAAUGGAGCAGUAAACUUUCGUUUUGUUUGUAUGUGUCUCAAAAAUGCACACAUAAAGGUGUAUUUGGGUAUAUAAACUGUAGAGUAAGCUGUUAAUGUAGAGAACAUAAUAUUUUCAGGACAGUAAAUAUUCCGAAUCAGAGGGCGAUUGUUUUCGGCAUAUCUGAAUAGCCUGAAUGAAAUCAUUAAAGGCACACGCUUUAGAUUCCGUCCAACGGUAAGAAAAACUUGGAUUGUUUCGCCUUGUUGUGUACUUUCAACCGCGCUCCCGUCAGGGGUGCAUUCUCUGGCACAACACCGGCGAAGCGCGUCAAAGACGAGCACUCUGGUAUUUCUCCUCCAUGAAUCCUGAGGUGUUUAAUCAUGUUGGUCGUUUACCCUCCUUUGCAUGAUAUAACUGUAUUGCUAAUGUUGCAUUGAGAUAAGAGUUCAUUCUUCCUGCUAAAGUUAGCCAAACUUUUGACCAACGAAGAAGAAGCUGCCGAACACCAACGAGGACGGAGCGUAUGAGACGAAGCCACACAGAGAGAGGAGAGACAGAGAGAGAUUGUAACCCACAGCGGCUGCAUUGCUGUGGGUUGCAAUGUACUUUCUCUCUCUGUCUCUCUCCUCUCUGUGUGUGGCUUCGUCUCAUACGCUCCGUCCUCAUUGGUGUUAAGCGGCUUCUUCUUCGUUGAUUUUCGGCGGCUAUUUCUUCCGGUCGGCGGACUCUGGCAUCAAAACUUGGAAUCGAAAUUUUAAUAUUUGAACGAUACCGGAAGAAUCGAAGUUUUAGUCCCGAUUCCCAUCGAUUCUCGAUUCCCAACCCUAGUCACAUAUGACAAAUCAUAAUGCUAGGGUGAUCAUCUGUGACAUUUGCUCAUACAACAGGAACUAUGAAAUGAUCUUUGUUUGAGGAAAAUGAGGGCAGAUCAUAUUUAUCAAACAUUUCUAAGAUUAUGAAGAUUGAAGAACAGCCAGGAAACCCUACAGAUGAAUCCAUCUUCCUCUCAUGUUUUAUGUAGGACCUUGCCACUAUGAAGAGCCAAGUGUAGGAUUUAAAAUAGGCCUUCUUACCCUUGCGCAACCCCUACCAUAUUGGUAAAGCUUUGACUCUGUCCCAUAUUAGAAAUCAGGUUCGAACUAGGCUAUAGAGCUAUAAAUCUGGUGCAACCCAGAGCUGACAAUACCUUUUGUUCAAGCAAGUUGAUGUGAAGCUGAGGACUGUGACAUUAAAAACAUAAGUAUGACCAAAUCAGAAGAUAUCAAACUGAGAAGGUAGAGUAUUUUCUCAUACCCAUGACUGCCUUAUGUGAAAACAAUACCAAAAGAACUCGUAAAAUCUCAUUUAAAAAAAAUAAAACUAUUUCAAGAGAUUUGGACUGAGCCAAGUUCAAGUCAUUCAAUAGUCUGAAUAAUUUUAAGGUGAUUUCAGCCUCUUAAAUCUAAAUUUGUACGGUUUUUUACAUAGAGGCAGUCUCAGUGAUGUGACCCAAAGGUUUCUUGGAAGGUGUUAUGAAGCCCAACGAUGGUGGUCCCCAAAUUAGAAAUACUGACUCCCAAUAACUUCUGAUCAAUCUGACCGCAGUCAAAGUCAUGUAGUUUUGUCUGGUCUGAAGCCUCCUGGUAAACAGCUGCAGUCAUCUCAGCCAGUUAUAUGCAAAUGUUUGCAGCCUCUUAGCCUUUAAUUGGAACCAGGUUACAUAUAUUUAUUCACAGGUAUUUUAAUAUAGUGGGUCCUUGGACACUUGAGCUUUUUUGCACUCCUUCCCGAAUUUUAACACCUGCUGUCACCACUAUGGCAUCCCCAUUUCCUAUCAGAGUAAACUUCAGAGUGAUUUAAUGGGUAAUUUCAGUGAUUGCAGAUAUUGCUUAACCUGAACUGGACCAAAUAAAUUCACUUCUGUCACCAGACCUUGCACUUUGAUUUAUUUUUCAGUGCAAUGAGAAAUGAGAGGAAACCAUGCCAAUCUAUUUUACACAACAUCUAAAAUGCAUCAGCCCUGCAGGGCACUCGGCUCCAACAGAGAGCAUUGAAGAGGGAGCUUAUCAGGAGGUCCAUAACAGUGCAAGUCAGUCAAACAAAAACAGAUUCUACACAGGCUACAUCUGCACAGUGUAAGCUGACAUGAGAAAUAUUGUUUUAAUGCUGAUCGAACAACUCUUGUAGACAUUAUGAGGAAUAAAUUGGGACUGACCAAAGCUACAAAAUUCCCACUGAACCACAACCUCAUAAAAUUGUGAAAUGUGUUGGUUUUUUUUCUUCCCUUCAUUGUGAGCGAGGUCACUAUAAUUGCCGAGGUUACUGUCUUUAUAAACAGCAGAAAAAGUCCUCCACCGUCAUGGCUGACUUAGUUGCUGGGAUACAGCAUGGGUUGCAGAAAAGAAAAUAAUAAAACGAAAUAUAAUUUGACGACCUUCACAAAGACUCGUAAUGAUAGCCAUCUCAUCAAAACACUCCGUAAAUCACCCUCAUUUAUCAACAUUUAUUUGCCAUAAAAAAGGAUUUAUUACGAUGUCGAAGUACAACCUGCACAGCACUGAAAGCACAACAGAUAAGGACCAGAAUAAAAGGUCAGAGGUUGUUUCGAGGAAAAUACAAGAAGAAUAAAAGGAACUUCAACAAUGCUGAGUUUGAGGGAAAAUUAUGGCUCAGACAAAAAAGAAAAAGGCCCAAAACUCGAUUAUGUAACUUGAAAGAUGGAGCCACAAACUGAAAUGAAUGACACACAAUGCCAGCUUGGAUAAAUAGUGUCAGACAGAUAAACACUGAGGACUGAUGAUGCUCUUGAAAUCACAGCGAGUUUUUGUGAUUAACACAGUGGGUGGUUUUGUUCAAUUUUCCAAAACACGGUAUGUUUGACAGUUUAAUGAAAGCUUUGCACCAAAGGAAUAACAAGGAUUAUUUUGUUGUCUAACCAAGAGAGACCACCUGAAUUUGUAGAUUGGGGUGUGCAGUGAGUGUAUUUCAAACAUGUCAUAUGAAUUACAAGAGGCAGUGCACUCAGAGAGAGAUCUAUAAAGUCCCUCGACAUGAGCAUGAAGCUAUGGGUUAAUAUGCUUGUUACCAAUGCAUGCAUCAAACACUGAUAUGAGCAAAAUUUAAAGCCAUAAACAAUGAUAAGAAUUUAGAAUUAACCUUAUGAUUAUUUGACAUUUAAAAAAAAUCACCAUACUAAAAAGAUACACUGCUGAUCUAUAAAUAAUCAGAUUUUCUACAUUUGCCUGAGUUCAUGACGCUGAAAUAACUUCAGUUUUAACCGUACGAAAGAUAUCAAUCCUUGAAUAAAUGCCACUGAGGCACCACUGGCCCAAGCAGCCUGAGUCCAAGCUCUCUUUACAGAGGUUCCUUUCCUGCAUGUCACUCCCUCUCACAAAUAAAACCCCCAAAAUCAAUAAAAUGAUGUUUAAAAAGAAUACAUGUAAAGGCUGUGUAUUGCACUCAGUGAGGGUUGUCAUUUCUCAAAGACUAACUGAACUGAACUAAAGCAUAAAACAGGAUCAUCUGCAUACACGUUGAUAUCAAAUGAAGCACCUGAUAAAACAGCACAGGUAGUGAAUCAUGUUCUCUAUUCUCAAGGAAAAUGCUCCAACUAAUGAAUAUUUGGUAACCCUCAUGUGUCCCUCGCCCUGUCUCCCCCCUCCUUUUGGUCUUAAAGCUGUUGAAUACAUGUGAGUAAUCAUGUUUUAGUGGUACACUGAGUCAUAGGGGUUGGAAAACAUAAGUGGCAUUUAGUAAAAUUCUCUGUAAUUAAACAGUAGUUAGUUUUGCUGCAGACUUAGGAUUGUAAAACCUGAGGGCUUUCCUCGUCUCAUGACAGUGAAAGGAAUAAAAAGAGAACAAGAAACCGACUAUUCCUCGUGUCGAUUAUUUCAUCAAGUGACAUCAAGUCAGAGAUUGGAGCAGGUUUGAGACUUGGAUACACUUCAGAAUUGACUUGGGAGCUUUGGGACUUGAGGGCAAUCUUUUCACUUUCUCGUAUGUUAUUAUACUAAAGCUUGUCAUCCCUGGUUGAUGUUGCCUUUUGGACCUUUGUCAUAACAGGUGAUUGUCAAUUCCUGGAUCACCUGCUGUGAUAACUAAACACUCAGAAAGUGGGUUGUGUUAUUUGGGGAACUGCUAAAGAGUUUGUCCAAAAGUUUAGCGUAAAGGCACUGUAGGAACGAGGCAGGUCACAGUGCUGAGAUGUGGAUGUCAGGGGCGGAUUCAGGGUGUAGCUGGAGGUGCCCCAUCCCCAGCCACAGGGGUGCCCCCUUCUCUUAAAUUUAAUUAUAAACCCCAACUUGGCUUGAACUUGUGAUCAUAGACUUGAGUCUGGCCCUGAGCUUGUAGUCAACAAUAGGUUAAGUCAGAAUUUAGGCAUAAAAAUUAGGCAGUCGAGUUUAUUUCUCAACAUAUUUGCAAUUUUGAUUAAAUAUGUUAUAUUGUAUGAAUUGUGCUGCGGAUAUUAUGUGACUAAACAGAAACCAGUAGUCUGGCCUUGGUUAAAAAUGGUACUUUUCUAGGCUAAGUCUAAAGUUUCAUAUAUCCACUGAUUGGGGUCAGUCAACAUCCGAUAUUCUUCAUUAUUUUGAUAAAACACACGUAUAGAUGUCCUGAUUGCAGCCAGAGAACCAUUAUUGUCAAAGUUUUCUGAGGUUACAGCUGUUAAUUAUAUGCACAGACACAUGUUGAGGCUUACAAGAAAAGUGUUUUCAUUCUUUCAUAGCCUUUGAACAGGAAAAAAACACGUUUUAGUACGAGCCAUUACAUCUUUAUUCAAUAUUCCGUCUUGUUCAGACAGCCAAGUUCCUAAAGCCAGUGAUUUCUCUGUAUGCUAAUGGACCGAUUUCCCUGUGGAAAAGUCUUUUUUAGCUGUUUUUCAUGAGAGAAAUCGGUGAAGAUUUGGCCUUUAAAACAUUGUGACCUUCUGUUUCCAAGAAUUAAACCGAGAUAAUCGUUGAUAUCUUGAGUUAUGUCUUGAAUCUCAUCCCUGGAAGCCUCGUGUUUCUAGGUCUCAAAUGAUACAGAUAUGAAUCACCAAGGCUAAAGACUACAACACUCAUUCUGGACAGGAAACCCGGAUUCAUGGUAGGAUUCGUUGGAAACAAACAACCUGUUUUGAAUUGAAACUCUGCCUGUAACUAAAGCUGCGAACAGGGGAUAUUUUCUCAUAUAAUGAUAUGGUGAUUUACUGCUUUCCAUUGCCAUCUUGAAGCGCAGAAAAUCAAAGGUUGGCGUGAAGACAAAACAGGUUACUCAUCACUCACAAACAAUUCCACCCCAAGGUCCAACUACCAGAUCUUUCCAAAGCCUUAAAUCGGAUUACAUGGUAUUGAUUGACGGAUGAUGUAUGCCUGGUAGUCAUGGAGAUGUAGACUGAUGAUAUUGAAUUCAGAUAACACCAGAUAUAUCUUUGGAAACCAAAGAAAUGUAAUUUGCUGAUUAAAUCUUGAAAAAUGGUCAAGGAAUGGGGGAAUAAAAGAGACAAUAAGUUGGGCCUGAUUUUUAGGUCAAGAAUGGUUGGUAGUUUUCAAAGACAAAACCCCCUAUGAUCGUAGAAUCAAAACUGAAAACUGAAUUUUGUCAAAGUAAAAUAUUCCUUAAUUGGCUUUUUUUAAUGAAGACAAUCUUGAUAUCCAUCUGAAAUCGAUGCCUAUCAUCUCUUACAACAUAUGUGCAUGUCCCUUCUCAUGUAAUUAAGGAUUCGUGGAUUAAACUUGAAGGUAAUCUAUCGGUUUAGAGCCAAUUGCUAAGUGGAUUAAGGCCAACACCUUAAAGUCCAUGAAAGUCUGCCUGAAAAUGAUGGAUCACCCUCACUAGGAGUGGAGUGAGUUCCUACCCGAAGUCAUCAAGGAUCUUGCAAAAUAGAUUGAGAGUUUGACAAUAAAGUCAGAGCUGCGGCAGUCAUGCACCAGACUAUUGUGGUGAAGAGCAAGCCGAGCCCAAAGGUGAAGCUUUCAAUUUACCAAUCGAUCUUUGUACCAACCUCACCUAUGGUCACGAGCUGUGGUGUAGAGACAGAAAUAAUGAGAUCGUAAACUCAGGGAAAUGAGUGUCCUCCAAAAGGUGGUUGGGAUGUCUGAGAUCUCAGACAUCCCACAAGAGCUUGGAGUGGAGCCAUUACUCUUUCAUAUCAGAAGGAGUCAGUUGAGGUUGUUCAGGUUUCUCCUUUUAAGAGCGUACUUGGCAGUCCAAUUGGGAGGAGACCCCAGGGUAGACCCAGAGUGAGACAGAGGCGAUUCAUGUCACAUCUGGUCUGGGAAGUGGAAAGUAGAGAGGAGAGGGAUGUUUGGGGAUGGCAUGACUACAGUUUGCAGUGCGCCUGCUUUUGCUCUCUAUACAGACUGUUUUUAGAUUACAGAUUACAAAUUCUGCACCAUUAUGUAAAAUCUAUCAACAUGAACUUUCAGGAAGGCGACUGUACAUUUUUAUCAACUUCACUUUCUAUUCAGACGACAGUAAUUUAACCACACAAGACACAAAGGCAAACUAUACGCACUUUAGCCCACUCAUAUCCAUCUACACAUAAUGUUCCUAUCAGUGCACUUGUGUCUCAAUGGGGCCAUAUGACACCCGGUGGCAAAAGAGCAGCCAAGCAGGUCUCAGACAGCUAGACACCUCUGCAGACCUUGCAGUAGGAAGCGAACUAUUGGUCAAGGUGAUUAACCUCUGCAAUGGGCCAAUCAGACGGCAGUUCAGGAGGGUAAUGACUGCCAGGUGUGGAACAGCACGUGCUGGACCCGCUGCUGGAGGAUGAAAGCAAACAAGCAGUCUAAGCUUUGGUGUGUCAGUCAAAAGAUGCAAAGUGGCAUAUAUAUUUUAAAAGCGCUGCAACCACUUUCACGAUAGCCUGCAGAAACAUUUUGUGAACAUUAUAGCGAUCGUUUUCACCAUGUCAGAGUUUUAUUGCUGCCGUACUCUUCAAAGAACCGCUUGAACUUUGUACAGAGUUACAUACAUUCAACCAGACACUUUGUUUUAGUGCUUUUCCCUAACUCCUCCAGGGGACCUCUUUCAUAAAGUUCAAUAUCCUCUGUUUAAUGUUACAGAGUGUGAUGUGAAAAGGGAAGUGUCAGAUUUAAGUGAGACUGCAAACAGGCGACGUUAUUAACAGAUGCAGGGCUCCGAGCCACUCCUAGUCUGCUGAUCUAACACAUCUCUGCGGCGUGUGGGGACAAAGGGACACAUUUGAUCACCACUUUGAUUUAAAAUUAAAGUCGAAGGCUGAUUUAUGUGUGCUUCAGGUUUGGUAUUGUGAAUUAAAUACUCUCUUAAAACACUUAUAUUUUUGUAAAAUCAUUGUAUGUAGGUGAAUCCAGGCUGGAAUAUUUUGUUUCUAUCUGCUCUGCUGCCUGACUUGGACAGGACUUUGGAUUCUGAUCUAUAAAAGCAAAUUAUAUUCUCAAUGGUUCUCCCAUGGUUAAAUUAAGUUAAGAAAAAAAAACCCUGUAAAUCAAGACUUUCAAAGCAUUUAUUGCCAUUCGAGUACCUUUUCGAUAUAUCCCAGUCUUCUGAUUCUUGACCCGACUCUUCUAAAAUUUAUUUCCCAUGUAGAAAAUUUGCAGUGGUAUUACUCUAGAGUGAGGUCUCACCAUCUCAUCAUAACUGAAAUUUAAUCUCCAACAAACUCUUGGGAUGUUAGUUAACCCAAAUGGCAAUCUCCAGUGUUGAAAAUGAAGCCAAUGUAUAGGAGUUCCUCAUAUAUAUGCUUGGGGCUAGCUCCAAGAGCCAAGAAAUCCCCAUUAGGUCCCAAUUCUGAAUGCGUAUUUCACAGCAGUUACAGACAAUCCAGUGGGGGGUAAAAGCUGUUGUCUUUUUAGAUUUUAUCACGUUUUGUACAGAUUUGUGUAUUUUGGGACCUAUUUGGAAGACUGACGCUAAAACUCAACCUCAAUUCUACACCUUUGCUCAAUAAAGGUAGGCUGAGUGAACAUUUCCAACAUGGAGACCGCUAUAAUUAAGCCCCACAACAUCUCUUUAGAGACCAGUGGGUUGUGUCACAGAAACUACUUCCAUGUGUUUCAUAGUCAAUGGGUUGACCCAAAUAACAAAUAUGACACGUUUUCCACUUACCCCUUGUGGUAUGUGGUCAUAUGAGGUUUUAUUUGCCAAAGUUUUCAUCUGUCUCCAUUGGAGACAUUUAUAGCCCACCCAUUACAAUAGAAGUGUGGAUUCCUGUGAAUACUGAGUAAUUGCCAUUUGAAAAUUAAACAGGAUUGCGUCCAAGCAGCAACCCCCCCAAAAAAAAAAGAGACUGAGGCACUCAAGGAUAAGCAUGGGACCUCAGCGUGAGCAGUUUGAGUCGGGUGUGACUUUCUGCUGAAGUGAAUCAGUGUUUCAUCCUAAUUGAAUUGGAAGCAGUUCAUUAGAAAACAAGCCUUUUCUUUGUCAAACACAAACUGAAUUUCAAGUCCGCUCACAUUUUGCGUAACCAAACACUCGGAGGCUUACGGGGAUACCGCAACUGGCAAAUGGAUGAGCACUUUUGCUGCUUUGACUCUCCAAGUGUAAUGAGGAUCAAAGAGAAGCCAGCAUUCCCAGUGGAUACUAGAAGAAUAAGAUGGCUGGACACCAAUCCCCCGCACCCCUAGAGAUAUUACCGAGUACAAUGAUCCCUCUCACAGCUCAAUAUUGUGUUUACUAAUGAGCCUUGACCAAUCACAUUACCAAGUUUCUCUUGUGGGAACAAUCAGAUUAGCACGCAUUACCAGUUAAAUCCCCGAUCUGGCUGAUGGGCAGAUGUCUGUUCCCUGAUACAUGUCAUUAACAUCAAUUACUAGACGCCAUCUUUCUGUUCAUCUCUCUGUUACUUUUCCUGAGACUCUUUCCAACAGGCCUUCAGAAAAGCAUGUCCCCCUCUUGAGGCUGUAACUUGAAUCGUUUUGGGAUUACCCCAACCAAAAAGGAGAUUGCGUAUGUCAGUCAUGGAAUUUUCGGCGUGGUAAAUAUGUGGCUCCCAUGGUAAACACAGCAGCAGCCUUUUUUAAGCCUCCUGUCAGAGUGUCAUCCUAAAAAUCCCUCUUGAUGAUGUGCUUUGGAUGAUUCCCCAGCGCAGCAGACGUGGUAAGAGCUUUGGAGAGCCGAGAGCGAGUGUGCAGCACAGUCUGGUCUUCAUCAGUGCAGUAGCAGACCUCUUCCUUGACACUGCAUGCUUCAUUCUCCAGAAUUAGGAAUUAGCUGAUAGAAGUCAUGAUGCCCGUAAGUGAAGCAGGAUGUGAGUUACUUUUAACUGGAAAGUAUCUCCAAAGAUAUCUGUCGCCUUAUAGGAAACAGCAGCGUGUGAUUCAGAGAAUGCAGAGAGUCUUUUUAUGUCCGAAAAACAUCGAAAUACCUGUGGUCAGAACGGGGUUAAAACUGAUCCAAAAUACUUUUUUUAAUUUCCCUUAUUCACAAAUUCACUUGAAGAUGUCAGAUGGUUGUUAUUCGCAGCUGUUCCCAACCUUUUUGCAGCUUUAUCAGAUCAGGUCCGCAAACAAGCUUUUGGACCCUCACAGGAGAAAAGUGAUGCAUUCAGGUCAAAAAUAAACAUGGAUUUUAAAGUCUUUAUCAAAAAAGAUGAGGGGAAAAAAAGUUAUUUUUUACACAAUUUUAUCAGUCAUUUGUUCAAUUAGUCAACAGGAAAGCAAUUUUAGUUAUUAUUUGCAAAUCUUAUAGUAGACAACCUCAGGGAAGAUAAAGCCUGACACCUUUGGAUGGGCACAGACCCCAGGUUAGGAACAAAUGUUUUAGGUGUUGACUGUGUUUUACUGUGACAUGCUAAUGUGGAAUUUUUAUCCAUGGCAGUGUGCAAGCAAUGUCUUAAGUCAAUGAUGAUGUCAACUUAGUUACACAAUCUGUUUCUUAUCAAAGACAGUGUUUUAAAACCGUUCAAAAUAUGAUUUUAGUAAAAAAGUGUCCCAAAAAAAAGUGAAAAUGUUGUCUUUGAAAGUUUUUGGCAUCUAUAGUGUUUACACCACUAUCAUGAGCUCAAUGCUAACUUUUACAGCUACCACUAUAAGUUCCUGAAAAGGAGUUUGGAGCUGGUUAUGAAAUAGACUGAAAAUGGGACUUGUGCUUCUUCAAAUGCCAACAAAUAACACUUACGACAAAUCUGAAAACUUCUAUCAGGUCAAUGUUUUAAUGCUCGUAACAAGUUCCACAGAGCAGGUGUCAAAAAAAGCUGCAACAACCUUUAUUUACGGGCUUGAACAUAUUUUUUUGAAGAAAACAAACAAGUUUUUUUUUUAAAAUCUGAAAAUACAUCUUUCACAUGUGUGUAAAAAUGCAAUUAAUUAUAAGAGGUCCUGCUUUGUCCAGAGGGGGCGCCAAAAUCAACUCACAGGAGCUUUAACCAAAACAAUCAUCAUGCUAACUUUAUAGUUGAAACUGCAAAGUCAGUUUCUCCUUUUUUAAAGUAUUUUUAACAGUUGGCAAAUAAAUUGCUGUAUACCGCCACCCUCAGGUCCACAUGCUCAUUACAGCACUCAACAGUUUCUCUGUUUGUACUUGAAAGUUCGACAUUUCUUCCAUUAUAACAACCUGGAAGCGUCUUUUUGUCCAUUGACCACACAUGUAAAAGUUCAGUAUCAACCCACUUUCAACCUUAAAUGAGUUUUUCAUCAAAAUCAUUAAAAAGAUUUUCUGUUUUGUGACAAUUCGGCGUCAUUAAUGCAUUUUAGCUGACUGAGUAAAGAGUCAAACAGAUCUUGGACAUUGCAGCUAAUCUCUUUUUCAAAUAGAAAACACAUGCGAGAACUCGUGAUAUGCUCAGAGGAUCUUAUCCAAACUUGCCAUGUCCACUGGUCGUUGGGAGCCUCUUGAUUAGACACAUGACUGGCCUGUACGUUACAGGAUUACGCGUAUUGGUUUAGUGGCAUUGUUAAUUCCCCACUGUGACCUGUACUUCAUUUACACAGCUGUCCAAAUACAGAAGUCUUUCACGUUACAUGACUUUGUUUCCUGAGGACUACACGUCUCUUUUUUUUGAGGUGUUCAACCUGAUGCCUCACAGCUUCAAGCUCUGCAAAGCUGGAUGUGCAUGAAACCUCCCGAUAAGCUAAAAGUAAAGCUUUUGAAUUUGUUACUUUCUCAUCGGAAAACUCAAACUGGGUGCAAGGUUCACUACACGCCCAUGGUCCCCUGUUGUAAGGAAAUGUGUUCAGGAAAUUGCUUCCACUGAGAGACUUGUACUUAACUAAAGAAACCUGAUUGGCUUGGUGCUGCAGCCCUGACAUUGAAAUAUGCAGUCUCUUCUGUUUGGAGGGAGAAAACACGAUUUAAGAAAGACAAGAUGAGAUGCAUCAGAUCAGAGGGAAGGCGUGUUUUGUUCAGAGCUGUCAAACGGAUAAAGGAACUGCCAGAUCUGCAUGCAGCGAUUCCUGAUCAACAAAUAAGUUCACCGCAGGACUCACCCAGGAGAGGAUCUGCUUCCAAGUCACUUAUUAGUUUUUCAAUUGUAGGCUAUGUUAAGUGUGGGAAGAAAUUCAGCUUGGGAGUGACAGUUUAUCAGUCCUGUAGACAUGCUCAAUUGAUUAUGUUUGAACUGCAUUGUGAAUAGCAUGGAUGUCCUACUUUUCUAGAGUUAUAAAGAGGCCAAUUUCCCUCCAUUCAGUGAUUUCAUGGGACCUUAUUGUAGAAAAAUAUACAUUAUACAUCAAAUAUGCAACAUGAGGUCUUGUAAAGGUUAACACAGAAAGCAGAACGUUGCAAAAAAGUUUUAUUCUUGUGUGAAAAUAUAAAGAUGCUCCCUCUUCUUCUUUGUUGGAUCUCCAGACUGUUGUAGAUUUACAAACCUGCAGCCCCCCUGAUGGACUCUGCGGAUGGAAAUUGCUGUAAAUUGGACCGAGCAUAAAGCACACAUGGAAUAAUGGAAAAAAGCAGUGGCGUGCAUGGUUUUAUUAAAGGAAUGUAAUAUCAGGAAAAGAGAAAAAAAACUGCAGGAAGUCUGAGUUAAACUGAAGAGGACAUCGAGAAAUAUUACAGACUUUAAUACCGAAGACGUCAGAUUUGCUCUUCCUGCCCGGCUAUGACUGGAUGAUCGUUUAAACAGCUUGCAUAACUGUAUACACUCUGACUGCAUUUAAUGAUUUACCCCGUUGUUGUUGUAUAAACUAUAUAUCUGUGCCUCUGCAGAUGGAAAUAUCAUUCACUCACAGUCCAUACUCUCCAUGUUUCCUCUUAAUUCUCUUGCCUACCCUCUAUAAUUCCUUCAUAUUCCUGUUUUUCUUUCUCUAAUAUUUGUUAAACCCUGCUGAUGUUAUUCCAGGUGUUCUUCAUGUACUCGGUCACAACAAAAAUAGAGAUCUCUCCCGAGACUUUUCGUGCGGCAUGUUAUGUCUUCUUGCCGUCUUUAUUGCUUGCAUCGGUCACUCCACCACACUCCUCUGCCUGUUUCCUCCUCCUGAAGUGUUUCCAUGUCCUGACUCCCCCUCCCUCUCUCUGAUGUCUUUCAGGCUGUUUCUGAAAAGCCACAGUGGGACUGCCGGCAGACAGAGCAGUCUGGUUAUCCACGGGGCAGAUUUCAGCACCAAGGACAUGGACAAUGACAACUGCUUGUGCAAAUGCGCUCUCAUGCUGACCGGUGGUAAGCACAGCCUUCAUGUCUACAAAACCCAAUUCCAUUGAAGUUGGGAAAUUGUGAUGAACGUUAAUAAAAACAGAAUUCAAUGAUUUGCAAAUCCUUUUCAACCUAGACGCAAUUAAAUACUCUACAAAGACAAGAUAUUUAAUGUUUAAACUGAUUAACUUUAUUUUUUUUGCAAAUAAUCAUAAACUUUAGAAUUUGAUGGCAGCAACACGUGACAAAGUAGUUGGGAAAGUAGCAAAAAAUACUGAGAAAUUUGAGGAAUGCUCAUCAAACACCUAUUUGGAACAUCCCACAGGUGAGCAGGCUAAUAGGGAACAGGUGGGUGCCAUGAUUGGGUAGAAAAGCAGCUUCCCCAAAAAAUUCUCAGUCAUUCACGAGCAAGGAUGGGGCGAGGUUCACCACUUUGUGAACAACUGCGCGAGCAAAUAGUCGAACAGUUUAAGAACAACGCCUCUCUAAGUACAAUUGCAAGGAGUUUAGGGAUUUCAACAUCUACGGUCCAUAAUAUCAUCAAAAGGUUCAGAGAAUCUGGAGAAAUCACUGCAUGGAAGCAGCACGGCUGGAAACUAACAUUAAACACCCGUGACCUUCGAUCCCUCAGGCGGCACUGUAUCAAAAACAGAGAUCAAUGUGUAAAGGAUAUCACCACAUGGGCUCAGGAACACUUCAGAAAACCACUGUCAGUAAAUAAAGUUCGUAGCUACAUCUGUAAGUUCAAGUUAAAACUCUAGUAUGCAAAGCAGAAGACAUUUAUCAACAACAUCCACAAAUGCCGCCGGCUUCUCUUGGCCCGAGCUCAUCUAAGAUGGACUGAUGCAAAGUGGAAAAUUGUUGUUGUUUGGAAAUAGUGGACUUCAUGUCCUCCGGCCCUAAGAGGAAAAGAACCACUUGGACUGUUAUUGACGCAAAGUUCAAAAGCCAGCAUCUUUGAUAGUAUGGGGGCGCAUUAGUGCCCAGACAUGGGUAACUUACACAUCUGUGAAGGCAACAUUAAUGCUGAGAGGUACAUACAGGUUUGGGAGCAACAUAUGCUGCCAUCCAAGCAACGUCUUUUUCAUGGACGCCCUUCCUGUUUAUUUCAUCAAGACAAUGCCAAGCCACAUUCUGCACAUGUUACAACGGCGUGGCUUCGUAGUAAAAGAGUGCAGGUACACGACUGGCCUAACUGCAGUCCAGACCUGUCUCCCAUUGAAAAUGUGUGGCGCGUUAUGAAGCGUGAAAUACGACAACGGAGACUACGGACUGUUGAAAAACUGAAGCUGUACAUCAAGCAAGAAUGGGAAAGAAUUCCACCUUCAAAGCUUCAACAAUCAGUCUCCUCAGUUCCCAAACGUUUAUUGAGUUUAUUGUUAAAAGGAAAGGUGAUGGAACACAGUGGUAAAUUAUUAUUUGCAAACAAAAGAGAAGUUUAUCAGUUUGAACAAUAAUAUCUUGUCUUUGUAGUGUAUUCAAUUGAAUAUAGGUUGAAAAGAAUUUGCAAAUCAUUGUAUUCUGUUUUUAUUUACAUUUAUCACAAUUUCCCAACUUCACUUGAAUUGAGUUUUGUACAUGGCAACACUAAAACAACAAAAAAAAAAGUGAUUUUAUGAAAGCAUGUUCACAUGAUGUAACCGCCCUUGCGUUAAUUUCCUCUGAUUGGCUUUAAGGUCAUUGCCCAGUCAUCAGUUCAGGUCAUUACGAUCACAACAGGAGGCUAACGCGGCCACUUAAACAUCUAUCUGCACCUAUUAGGCCCCGGUCUGAAUCCCCUCCCAGUUGCACUGUACUUGGGAUCGAGCACAUAGUGAAAAUCCCUGGGCGCAGCACCAAGUGUCAGGGAGAUUUAAAAGGACUCUGCCUCUCCUGCUGUGUAAGUGGAGCCGCUGACCCUCCAUGUCACCUCAUGGCAGCUCGAUUGCUAACCUGGCACUAAUCAAGCAUUUCUAAGUGGGGUUUAAAAUCAGAAUUACCUCUUACGUCAUUGUAGAUGCAUUUGGUUUGAAAGGAACUGGCAUCUAAUCAUCGGUCAACACCCCCCGACUCUACUUGAUUCAUGUCCUGCCUAUGGCCAGUCACAAAGAGAAGGCAUGACAACAUGCAGCCUGAGUCAAGCUGGUCCGAACCCAGCUCUGUGAUAAUAUAUACACUAUAUUAUUUGAUUUAUUCCCCAAAUUUACAAGGAAUCAAAUGAUGUAAGUGUCUGGAAUAUACAAAAUCGAAAUACUUCUCUGCUACAUUUAUGAGGAGAACUUCAUCAUGUUGUGUUAAUGAUAAAAAGAAGGACCCACGCAUAUCCUCUAAUAUAUAUAUUUACCCAGCAACGGAACAUACAUACAGUAGGGAUCAGACACUGACAGCAGGAGGAAGGGGGGAUCCCUCUAUCAUGAGAACGAGCCGAGGCCGCUCAGUAAGGAAGACAUUCCUGCUGUUUUUACAAUUCAAGGCCUGGAAAUAGAGAACAUACUGACCGUAAAUCCAGAAAGAUAGCUACUUUAUGUGCUGCAUGUUUCUGUGUAUCAGCGGUUGUGUGGUCUGCAGUGCAUCAAGUGAAGAAUACCAAGUUGGACACACGCUGUAAUAAAAUAAAGCAGCAGGUUGCAAAACGCACACUUUAAGUCAGACAUUAGCAUGCAUACUUCAUAACAGCACCAAAUGAGCCGUCAUUUAUUUCUCAUUUAUAGCAGCAUACAUGUCGAUUUGGCCACUAGAGGUCAGUGAAAACAAAUCUGCGAGUUCACAUGGGAAACUCAUUGCUUAAGCAGACGAAUCCUAGUGCAAUAAUCACCUUUUGUUUAUGUUCUGUUUCGGUCUGCACCAGCUCCUCAGGGGAACAUUCGGUUAUUUCGCUGCGAAACUCAACAACAUGUGGACAAGCUACUGGCUAAACUUGUGUGUAGUAUAUAGUUUGUAAUAGAGAGAAAGAACUGUUUCAGAGGCUGAUUUAAGAUAAGUUACAAAUUGAUGAAAGCAAACAACAACAGUGUUUUAUUUUUAUUAUGAUUCUUUAAACGAGAAAAAAAAGUUCAAGCAGUUUCGUGUUUAAAAAAGAAAGAAAAACAAAAUCAGGGUUUCAUGGAAACUCAAGGUUAGACACGGGGGCUGUGAGCUGAGCUGCCAUUAAUGUUGCCUCAUGGUUUUGAGAGCCCAGCUUCUUUAGGAGAUCACACUGGCAGUAGUCAUAUCUACCCUGCAUGGCUACUAAAAGUAAGAAGCUAAAUAUAAAAGUUAAAUGUGUUUUUAAUGUUUUGGUAUUUGCCCAGUAUCUGAGUAUCAACAUCAGGAUCUGUAUUCUGGUAGAAAAUGCACCAUCAGAUAGUGUCGUUGUAUUUUUCCCUAACUUGCAAAAAUCAGGCACAUGUGGUGACUGGAAAAGUGUGAAAGCAGAAGGAGUGAGCCAAAAAAAAGUAAUUUUCUGGGCUCUCAAACCAAAACAAAAAGCUUAAGGCUGUUAAAAUGUUCCAACAGAGCUUUGGGAAACCAAACACUUGAUUUGGAGUCUCUCCUUUUGAAAGAUCACCCAAGCUCAUAGACCUUUAAAAUCAAAAAAUGUAAAAUGUUACUAAAGAGAAAUUGCAAACUUGAUAUCCACUGGCACAGGCGAUGAUUAUUCUACACAGUUGUGGAAACAUCAAGAUUAGUUUCCAAACUCUGUAUGAACUCGAUGAAGGUGCAGUUGGUAUGAAUUUCAUAUGCGCCAUCCAUGCCAACAACAAGGGCAGAGCGUUGCUCCUGAUUAUUGAGCCAUCCUCUGAAAUGUCAUACAGGCUGCCAUUUGUCGCUGAGAAAUUGACACAUGCCAUGCCUCGCAUAUGUUCUGCAUCUGAGUGUAUCAGUGAGGACACGCUCGCUGGUUCAGAUAGGAGAGUCGACACGUAGAUAAGACGGAGCAGAUCGAAUCGAAAGAACGCCGACUGUAUCAGCGUAGUUUUCAGUCUGUGAAGACACCUGAGGGAGGCAGGCGUGUGAGAAGACAGUUGGUGCUUCUUCAAGAUAAAAUGAGGACAGAGGUUCAUCUGUGGUUUACAAGGCCUCAGUGUUGGAUGUGAAAAUGACAAGAGAGGCAGGUGGAUGAUAAUGACACUAGCGUGACACGUGGAAACACUCAGCGCCAAAAAAAAGGCCCACAGUAUGAAGUGACUGAAGCUUUUAUAUCCUUGAUAACGAGCCAUGGAAUUUUAAAAUCACUUUUAGAUGAUGUGUCCCUCUGGUUAUUAAAUACCGUUGUCCCAAGUCCAAGCAGAUCUACCUUUUCCCCAGAUACCACAUAUAACUAAAGGGAAUUAUGCAAUGUGUCACCUUUGGAGGAGAGUAAAUUUUCCCAUGCCGUGCACUGGAGCUCACCCCAUGCUGCGUGCACUCUCAGCUUUAAAUAGAAAGAGGUAUCGAAAGUGUUCAGCAGCAGGUACUGGCAUGUGAAUGAACCCUGUGACAGUGACACAUUGAGGAGAUAGCAGCGAAAUGGUGUCUGAACCAGAGCCGUGGCCCCGCUGGAGAAGCCAUGGGAAACUUUCCGCCUCGAUCAAGGACAAAACGUGUGAUUCAGCUUUUCAGCGCUCAUCAGGCCUCAUUUCCUCUCCUCAAACAGGAUGAGAAACUAACAGCAAGUUUGGUUUCAUUUGAGAAUCACUUGAGAAUCUUGAUAUUUUUCUGUCCUAGGUUGGUGGUUUGACGCCUGUGGCCCGUCCAACCUCAACGGCAUGUACUUCACUCAAGGACAACACGUAGGGAAGUUGAACGGUAUCAAGUGGCACUACUUCAAGGGUCCUAGCUACUCGCUACGAGCCACCGUCAUGAUGAUCCGCCCCUUGGACUUCUCCUAG